AAAGUAUAACAUUUCAGCACAGACGAUUGAUACAGUACAAAAUAUGGUAUAAAAGCUAAAUGAAAGUAUAUAGGUUUAAACUUGGCAUGUUGAGUCAUUUCACAUGACAAAUACUGUACACAAACCUAAAACUUGUGAGCCGUUCUUUUGAAUUGUUUUUAUAUCUUUUAAGGUCUGAACUUACAAUGAGCUAUUUAGUGGGUUAAGCUCCUCCAUGUCUUCUGAAUCGUCACUGUCUUCGCUCUCACUUGCAGUCAUGGUCCUCUCCAAUAUUGACGAUACAUUGCUUAUUCGAGACCUUUAAAAUUAGGAAAAAAUAAUGCUUAAUGUAACCCACUCAAUCACACCUGUCACCAUAUAUUUUUAUCCCUCCAAACAAUUCCAGAAUGCAUUGUGAUCUUUUUUUGGGAAAAGGCUAAUUAAAAAUACCUUGCAGAGCAUGCCCAGGGCUUACCAUUAAUUGUAAACACACUUUAUUAUAAACAAAAAUAUGCCCUAAUCUCAUAAAUUCACAGAGACCAAGGUGCUGAUUUAUUAUAACUAUUGGGCACUAUGACUCCCUGAGUUACAAUAAACCAUUUUCUUAGCUUCCUGUGAUGCCUGUAAGAAAGGUUACAGGAAACAAAAAAAUUUUAAAAUUAUAAACAACUCUAACAUUUACAUCAAUAUAAAGUCUUCUUGGUACUUCUUUGAAUAUACACUUUUAAUAGUUGCAAUAUUAAAUAUUAUAAUAUUGAAUACAUAAUAAGAAAUUAAAAUUGUUUCAUUUAAGAACUUACAUUGCUGGUGAAGGGAGGGGAACAUUGUCUAUUGACAAACGACGGCGCUUAGGUGUCGAGAAACCAUGUGCAGCUCUUUCCAAACUCCGAGUCGAAGUCGCAGCUUUAUUUAAACGGGAAAAAAACGAAAGUCUGUAGAGUUACAUGUUGUUGCAUUAUAUUAUUUUUAUUCCUGUUUAAUCUGUAACUCACCUGGCGAAUGAAUAUGUCUUGGCGUCGUUGUGAAGACCUGUUGAGGCUCUUCGAUGUUUGGCAACUCUCCCAGCUCACCUUCCGUUUGAGUUUCAACUUCACUGUUUUUAAGAAGACAAAUGUAUGAAUAUCAACCAAUACAACAAAAAAAUAAAACCCGCAGCACUUUUGAAACAUAUACUAACAUUAAAUCAUAUUGCUAGUUGAGUCUUUUACCUGAAAUGCUGAUUUUUGCGAGACAUGUAAUUGUCUAGCAAUACUGCUGCUAGCUCCUUGUCAGAUUUAAGCGCUAACUCGUUCAUCAACUCUCGCCAUCUCACGUGCUGAUCGAACAAAUAAAUCUUGCUCGCGUCCCUCUCCGCGUAAUAUCGCUUUUUUUUGGCAACCUUGUCUUCUGAAGUAACAAUACGAGCCUCCAAGCCUUGCGGCAAAGAGGAACUCGCUUGUGUGCUUGUUUCGUCCGCCAUUUUGAAUAUGACACGCUAUUAUUGCAUAUAUUAACAUUCCAAUGGUCGGGUCCCGACGUUUGGAAUGUAGCGAUGCGCAGAAAGUAUGCGCAGAACGGACUUUACAUGGUCUUUAAGUAAUUUGGGGUUACAAAGUAUCUGUGAAUGAAAACCGUACAGUGUCGCCGGUGUCACAGGAGAUUCGCCCCCCCAGGAGAUUCGCCCCCCCCUCUCAAAAGGGGGGCGAUAUUCCUAGGAUAUUCGCCCCCCCCGGGGCGAAUCUCCUAGGAAUAUCGCUCCCCAGGGGGCGAAUCUCCUAGGAAUAUCGCCCCCCUUUAGGAAUUUCGCCCCCCAUAUAAAUUUUGAAUUUUUGAUCUAAAAACAAAACGAUUGCAAGUUGAAAAGAUUUAUUGUGUGAUUUAUUUAUUUAUUACAAGGAGACAAAAUUAUAUACACAUUUUAGGCUUCUUAGCAACUGGUGGUGUGCACAGUCUGCAUAACCACUCAUUUGAGGUACUUAGACUAGUGUCAUAUUCUACACAUCUAAAGUGGAACCAUCACAGAGAUCGCAUAAAAUCAUGUUGUAAAAACAAUCGCUUGCAAAUUUUAUCAAUACGAGUGUUAACAAUAGCCGCCACAGUAAUCACUUGCUAACAAUAAACUAUAGGAUUAGUAAAAAAUCUAUGGAAUGUGUUGGGAAGCGUAUUGAUUAUUGUCCGUUGAAUCGUCAACUUUCCGUGUCAGUGAUGUAAUCUUGAUUCUUCACUUCCGCAAAGAAAAUUGCAUUAUAUAUGUGGUGUGGUUUAUUCAAAUAAUUUCAUGAUACUUUGAUUUUAUUGGUGCAUGCCUUAAACAUUUGAGAAUUAACUCUAAAACUAAAAGCUUUCUUGUCUUUUUUGAAACGUAUAUUAUUGGAUUAUUGCCUAUUGGCUAUUGGCUAUUGGCAAGUUCUACCCUUCGCUUCUGAGAUUUACAAACUAUAUUGAAAUAAUGCAAGUAAAAAAUAGUUACAAACCAUACAUUUUCCGAUAACGACAAAACGUGGAUGCAAAACAAUACCAAUAAUUACAAUAACCAUCACGGUGAUUACUUUUUAACAAUGAGUUUAAGGAUUAACACUGAAAAUGCAAAAUAUGCAUGGUGUGCUGUGAAGCGUCAUAAGUCCUAUUGAUCUACUGUAACUGUGUAAGCUCUUUCGAUACAUGUAAUUGUAAAUUUGUAUUCUUACAUGCAGGGCUUGAAAUAACGUUCCCAAAGUUCCCGAUCAUGGUGAUCGGCAGUCGUGACUUUCCCUGAUUUUUUCAGGUUGGAAAUCGAAACCCUGCUUUUCCGCCGAUCAUAAGCAAUUCCUUGCCGAUCAUUGAUCGGUGAUCGGUUAUUUCAAGCCCUGUCUUAAUAAUUUUGAAUUGAUACUGAUUUCAAAUGAUUAAAGCCAUGUAAUAAUUAUCCCAUGCAACUGUUAGGAAGGGCGAAAUUUUGAACGGAGGACGAAAAUCCUAAAGAAAAGGUGAAGUUUCUAAAGGGGGGCGAAAUUCCUAGGAUUUUCGCCCCCCUGGGGGGGCGAUAUUCCUAGGAAAUUCGCCCCCCGGGGGGCGAAAAUGUAGGGGGGGCGAAAAUCCUGGGACACCGGCCGCCGAAUUGCGCCCCGUUGGCUAUAUUUAACAUAUAAAGCGUGGGCUUUUAGUGUUAUCCCGCGUUUCCUGCAUGAGCAUAGUUUUUUGGAUUAAUAGACUGCAAAAUGCAACGCGUACGAACAAAAUUCUAUAGUUCUAAAUUCAAUAUUCUAUUAUUCUAAACAAAGUAGCAAAUGCGUUUUCCAACAAGCACACUAAUAUCCUCGUCUUACCGUCCCCGAUUCCCGGAUUUCCCGAUUCCUGGAUUCCCUGAUUCCUGGAUUCCCGGAUUUCCCAUUCCCUGUUUCAAGGAAUUUCGCUUGACACCGGAUCAAACAUGGCAGCUGUUCUUAAUACAAUUGUUAAUUGUGCUACCUUAAAAAGUUCUUUUGAAGUUUGAUUCUAGGAAUCUAUGCCGAUCUUCUGGUAUUUUAUAACAGACUAAAAAUUGCACGAAAGCACAUCGUAAAACAAUAUCAACUAUAGUCUAUAUGAAGUCCAAAUACAUUCACUAAAUCGCAGAGAGAAAUCGUUCACUGCUCUAGUUCACUACUUAAUCAAUAUUCAAAUGAUAAUCGAAUACCCGAGUUUUGAAUAAAGGAUCGUUCUGAUUCUAAGGAGUUUUCCUUAUAGUAAUGUGCACACGAAAGCCACUGGAACACUCACGUAAACUCUUAUUAUUUUCGUACUUGACGACAUACCAAUUAUGACGCUUGAUAGUAUUUUUAAUCAUGGAAGGAAUAAUUCCGUAAUUAUUACGGUGGUAUUCGUCAAUAAACUCUUGAUAAAUAGCUUCAGAAUCAUCGCCUUCGACUUUGAUGCUCAUCUCAGAAAGCCUGUUGCCGUCGGCGGCAGUUGAAAUACCAGCGGAGAAAAUAUAUCCAACCCAACGACCGACUUGCCGUGAAUCAGAAACAUAGAAUAAAAGGUCACCAUUCCAUUUCUUAUAGUGAGCGAAAUUUGUGUACCAAUCGUCGUAAUUUUGCACGUGGUGACUAGCCUUCGCCUGCUCCACAUUGCGUGUGUUCGUCGCAGACAUUUUAGAUCAAAUAAGUUGUGCCUUUCAGCAAAGAUAGUGUGAAAAUUGAUGCGUCCUGCUCGCGGACUUUUUAGCUGCAUGCAGACUAUAGCUACACAGAUUGAAAAUGAUCAUCUAUUUUAAUCAGUGCUUCCAUUUUCAAAAUUUCUCAUUUUUGUCAUUAAAAUUUCUCUAAAUUCCUUAGAUUUCGUACGUUAUUUCCUUGAAAUUUCCUUGAAAUAUCAUUAAGCAGUUUGCAGUGACUUCGUAUUUUAAAGGCACAAAGUAGCAUAAUUAACACACAUGUGGGCUAGCUAAAAACACAGGCUAUUUUACUGCUUAAAAUUCAGUAAAUCUUUGUUAUGAGUUUUAUACAAUUAACAUAUACGUUUCCACUCAUAUAAUUAACUGUAUUCACAGCAUUUGGCGCAAGAAGGUACUAAAUCCCAUCGUUCAAAAACUUUCGGAAGUUUUCGGAAACACGAAGAAAAAGUUAUAAACAGAUUUUUAAUUAAACAUAAGGGAAAGUACAUUUAUUAUGCCGAGGGGGGGGGGAUGAAGAUGUUAAGGGGGGCUCCGAAAUAUUUUCUGGCAUUAAAGGGGGGGCUCUGAAAGUUCUUGAUACACUGAAGGGGCGGCUUUAAACUUUUCAAAAGUUUGACCCCAGCAAAUUAAAGUUAAAAUUUUUACAUCAGUUUCAGGUAAAAGUUGCGUAAUAAAGUAAUUAUUUUUGUGAAAUGAUAACCAUUUUUGUAAAAUACAGUCAAUUUACAUGCAGUUUGUUUGCGAAAUUUGCUUUAGAAAACGCCAUAAAUUCAGUCCUAGAGCUUCGAAAAUGUAAAAAUUUUCUGGGUGAGGACCCCCAGACCCCCCUUUUUUCCCAAAACUUAGUAUAAGAGUGCCAAUCAAUCACAAGAAGCUUUAUUAUAAUUAUUACACAUAUAAUCCUCUGACAUCCCUCUCCACCCCAAACGUCAGAUGCUUUGCUACGUCCCUGAUGGUUGUAUUCGAAACCGAUUUCAGUUUUAAGAUAUCCUUAGUCUGCUCUUCUAAAUGGAUACAUGAAAUCACCUAUAGCUUAUUUUAAUUUUUUUUGCGCCAGGUUUGUGAAGUAAUUUACGCGCCAAAAAGCAAAAAAGCAUAUACAAUUUGCAAGAAUGAUAUGUUCUAUGUUUAUGGGAACAAACGGGAUGGAAAUUAAAGAAAUUGAAGCAUACUGGCACUUUUGCAUGCAUUUUUGAGAGGCAUGCAAAGACAUUUGCAACAGAUGCCGGGAGAUACGUUGAGUGGGGGCAACAUACUGUAAGGUUCCAGCACAUUACCCUGAUCCAGGAAAUCCUGGCCACUACAUGAACGUGUUCAAGACUCCGAAUACGCUGAAUGAUGGACAACAACAACCUGUUGAUAAUUCCACCCCUAGAGCCAAUUUAAAAUGUUUUAAAGACGGUGCCAUUUCAUCUGGCGCUAGUGAGAUGAAAGAAGCAGCAGAUCGGUAGUUUUGUUGAGGAGAAGCACUUGAGUAUAUCAGACAUCUUGAGGAACUGCAAAUUGUAUCUAUGAUAAGAGAGAAUUCCGGAUUGUACUCCUUCGAUUCCGAAUUCUAGAGGGGGGAAGGGCAUUGAGGGGCCCUGUAAAAUAUGAGCUUUUUUCAAGACAUCUUCAUCCCCCUCCCUCGGUGUAAUAAAUGUACUUUCCCACAUAAUAGACCUUUCCAGUAGUCAUGUCACAGCUACAUUGUUUUCAACUUAGAACCAUCUUAAAUGGAAUGGAUUUCAAGCUUUAUCUCACUUGCUAUGCGCAAAGAAGCAGAGCAUCCUUCUUCAACACAUGCAUGAAAAAUACUUUUUAUUUUGACCAAUAAAUGUGAGACUAAGCUUUAACAAAGAAACGAGGCUGAGGGGCCAUGGUCCCUUUGGGACCCUCAGCCUCGUUUUCAUGUUAAAGCUUAUUUCCGCAUCUAUUGGUCAAAAUAAUAAAUUUUUUAUCAUGCAUGUGCUAAAGAAGAAUGUCACAAUCUGCUUCUUUGCGCAUAGCCAGUGAGAAAAAACUUGAACUCCAUUUCAUUUUAGCGUAAUUUAAGGUGGUCCUAAGGCUAAGUUGAAAACAAUGUAGUUGUGACCUAAUUAUCGGAAAUGUCGGUUGAUAAUUCAUUUAAAAAUUAAAAAACAUAGUGAAACUUCUUCUGCACUAAUGUACUUGUAUGAAUAUUUAGGUUUUUUGGAAAAAACCCUUAGAUUUCCUAAGAUUUUUUUCUUCCUUAGAUUUUCCUUUUCGACCAGACAAUUUCCUUAGAAAGUAAAUUUCCUUUAAAAUGGAAGCACUGAUUUUAAUUGAAGAUUUCAACGGUGAUUGGUCUCGCUUGAUUAAUGCUCGGGUUUCAUAUGACGUCAUACUCACUCUCAAGUGCGGGUCAAGGGUAAAAGACGAUGACUUUUAUCCUGUGGAGAACAUAGGAUCCGUUCUGCCUCCUCCGCAGGCUCCUCUAUAUAGAUCAAAUUUAAAUAUCGGUAAUAUAUAGAUCAGCGCGUGCACUGCAUGCCCGAUAAAGACGCACGCCUUUAGGCGCACACCCGCAACUAAGGACGAGCGCGCGCCCCAUUAAUUUUCGUCUUUUCCUAAUUAAUUAUUUGAUAGCAAGCGACUGGGGACGUGGCAGGGAUCCGUUUAAAAAUUUUAGAAACACUGAGUAUUUUAACAAAAUACAAAACAAGUGUAACUCCAAAGAUCGACAACAUUUUUAUAUUUAUCAACGUUUCCACUAUAUUUCAGUCAUCAUUGAAAAUUGCAAAUUCGGCAAGGCUAUAUUAUCCGCAUUUUACAACAUUUCGCAACGAAACUUUGGAAUAUUACUAAUUUUGUGAUGCUCUUUCAAGCUGUGAUAAAAUUUUUGUCUAGAUCAAAAUUUAGUCUAUAAUGCAAAUGGUCCAUUAGCAAGCUAUUGUAUUUGGCGCGUGUUUUCCUUCAACAUGGCCGUCUGCCCUUAUGUUCACAAAUAAACCGGAACUAAUGGCUCAGAUCUCAUCUGCCAUAGCUUAGGCCUGUUUUAUACGUCGAAGUUUGGUCGCGUCGAAUGCAAUUAAGACAAUAGAUAAUGAGAUGAUAAACCUCAUUAAUUAAGCUUCAUUAUCUAUUGUUUGAAUGGACCUAUUCCCUAAUGAACAAAAUUUUGAUCUAGACAAAUCUAAACAAAAAUUUCAUCACAGCUUGAAAGGGAAUUACAAAAUUAGUAGUAUUUCGAAGUUUCGUUGCGAAAUGUUGUAAAAUGCGCAUAAUAUAGCCCUGCGAAGUUUGCCGUUUUUUAGUCAUUUUGUAUUACGCGCGGGAAAUUGAUACCUUUUUCCGCAUUUUACAACAUUUCACGGCAAAACUUCUACAAAACAAAAUUUCUAGGCUUGUCUAGAUCAAACUUUUGUUCAUUAGGGAAUAGGUCCACUGGAUUCGACGCUACCGAAACUCGGCUAUUAGUAUUUAGUAAAACACGGAGCAUGGAGCACACGGAUUACGGAGAACACGGAGUACGGAGCAGUAGAAAAACCAAAAUCCUUUAUAAUAAAAUACAUUGUUUACUAUUACAAAUUUUUGUUAUUAUUAACAAAGAGUUUUCGCGUUUUGCACUUUGGGGAAGUAAGAAAAUGGAAUUUUAAAAACACAUAUGUGAUACAAAAUUGCAAAAGUCAUUGUUGUAUUCAAAUAGGAUUGUGAAACUCGUUAUCUAUCGACUAUACUGUCAGUACUCCUACAAAAAGUGUAAUAAUAGUGCAUUUUAAUAUGCGUAAUCGAUCAAGUAUUUGUGAGUGUAUGCUUUUUACGCGUACUCGAUCAAAAGAGCCUGCUCGCAGGCUACUCGAUCAAAAGUAAACGGUUGUACGCACAUUCAGUGUACUCGACCAAAACUAAAGGACAGUACGCAUAUUUUGUGUACUCGAUCUAGUUUAUAUUCAAAAUAUCCAUCACAUGUAUCUAAACUAUCAAACUUUAUAAUUCCAUCGGAAUCGAAAUACUAGUCUACAUGCGGCUGUCGAAAAAUACUACGUGCCCGCUUAAAAAUUUAUUCUGUUAAAAAAAGUAAACCACAUCACGCACAGCCCUAAAACCUAACCACAGACCUAACCAUAAGACCUAACCUUAAAAUCAGACUCAAAAGAAGAUGAAAAAAACUUUUAAAAUUUGAAAAUAAAACAGAGCCAUAUAUAUGGGUUUCGAACUCGUCGACUUCUGUGUUAUGUAUUUGAGAAAAUAAUAAUAUUGUUUUUAAAAAUCAAGAUACUCAAAUCAAUCAAAAUCAAAGACCAACUUUUGAUGCCCAACCGCAAUUUAAUGUCUUUGUUGUUCGCGGGCUCAUUUUUCCGGGAUUUCCCGCAAAAAUUAUAUCUGUUUGAAACACGUGUUUAUCCGCAAACAAUGGCGGAGUUGAGUCAGGACCAGUCAGGUCAGGUCGAGGUAUGUUCAGUAUAGGCAUCGGGGCGUCGGAUGGUGACGAUCCGUGAGUAUGAUUACAUAUGGAUAGGCACUCAGUUAAGCAUAAAAUGUCACGAUAUGUACCAUCUGUAGUCAGAUGGUAACGAUCCGUGAUUAUGAAUACGGAUGGCUAGGCACUUAAGUAUAAAAUGUUACGAUAUGUACCAUCUGUAGUCAGAUGGUGACGAUCCGUAAUUCGAAUACAGGUGGUUAGAUACUUAGACUAUCCCUCGUUCUUUAAGAAAUACUAUAUUAACUAAACACAUAUUUUGAUUACAUGCAAAUAGGGUUAACGCAUAUGCUGCACGGCCAUCUGUAUUCAAAGUUACGGAUCGUAACGAUCCGAUAACAGAUGCCUAUACUGGACAUGACCUCCUGUCAGGUCAGGUCAAGUCAAGUCAGGUCAGGUCAGGUCAAGGCGACUUUUCUAUCAGCCUUAGGAAACAACAAACCUUCAUCAGGUAAAGUACUAAACUUUUAUGACUUUUUUAUCAUUUUUGAGAUGGUUCCAAAAUUGAAAAUUUGAAAUAAGAGUUUGCGUUAGUAUUAAGAGGGUGGGAAAGGGUAUUUUCGUGAACCGUGAAUGGUGAAUAAUUGUUCGCGUGAAAUGUGAAAUGCUUGAUUUUAGUGUCGUGAAAUGCGAGUUGUUCUACAGCCGUGAGGCGUGAUUGUUGAUAAAAAUGCUCUAUGAAAUGAGAAUUAAGGAUGCCUGUUUCGUGAACUGUGAUUAUUAUAGUGAUUAUUAUAAUAUAAAUAAACAUGAUACGCGAUAAUCAAAUUAAUGGAGGACAAGGUUCCUGACGCUGAGGACAAGGUUCGCUGAGGACAAGGUUCGCUGAGGACCAGGUUCGCUGAGGACAAGGUUCGAUCCUGACGCUGAGGACAAGGUUCCUGGCGCUGGGGACAAUGUUCCUAGCGCUAAGGACAAGGUUCGCUGAGCACAAUGUUCGCUGAGGACAAGGUUCCUGCCGCUGAGGACAAGGUUCCUGGCGCUGAGGACAAGGUUCCUGACGCUGAGGACACGCGCGGAGGUCGUCGUACAUUCUCGUCACUCAAACUUGUAAGUUAUGAUGUAGUUUUUAACUGACAGGUAGAGAAAUGAGAGAACUUAAAGCGUAGAUACUGUACUGUACCAUGCAUUAAACGUAGUCUUAAUAAACCUAUUAUUAUUAUAUUAUUUUAUGAGAAUCUAGUUUUCCGUGAAAUUGCUUUUUUAAGACACGUGAAUCGUGAAACGGCUUUUUCUUUCGUUGUGAGACGUGAUCCAUACACCCCCUUUCCCACCCUCUAUUAAGGUUAGUGUGAGGGUUAGGCAGGGACGCCGGAGCGAGGGUCGGGCACAGGAGGGAAUGUUGACGUAAUGGCAAUCACUAAUUAAUAUUUCGUUUCCGAAAAUUUUUUCUGGAACCUUAAUUCACCAAAACAAGGGCAAAAUCCAGAAAAUUUUACAUAUAUUUCAAUAUUACGUACAUUUCACUCGUAAUUCAUACUUUUUAAUCGUUGUACCAUAUAUUUUUCGGGUUAGAAUUCUUAUCUAUAAGGGCACUUUCGCCCCCCUGCCCCCAUACUAAAGGGCAAGGGGCGAUGCCCCCCUGCGCCCCCUUUCCGGCGUCCCUGGGGUUAGGGUUAGGUGAGGGGCAAGGGUUAGGUGAGGGGCAAGGGUUAGGUUUAGUGAUUGUAGGAAGUGGCUGUUUAUUCAUUCUUUUACGUUUUAAUGAUCUUAAAAACUGGCGGCUAUCUUGAAAACCUGCCUCUAGUCCAUCCCCUUCAGCCGCGAUUUCAUAGAUUGAUGAGAUUUCAUAACCUAGAACAUUCAUAACUUAUCCACUCCUUCACAUCCUUUAAAAGGAGAAAAUCCCAGCUAAAAUCGCCGGUGUAAACGGCCCUUAAUUUGAGGUGUAAGGUUACAAAAGGGUAUUCUGCAAUCUAACCUAUAGCUGAUCAAUUAAAGUCAAAUACGAGUCACCAACCCCAAGUCAUAAGUAAAUGCUAAUACAUGUCAUGGUACAGUAUAUGAAUAAUUCAUAGUAUUCUUGUAUUUACAGAAGCCUGCACAAAAUGGAUAAGGAAAAUAGAACACUGAAUAUAAAAAACAUUCAAUUACUUUAGUACUUUACCUGAUGAAGGUCAGUUGCUUCCUAAGACCGAUAUUUGGUCAACAAAUUUUUAGAAAAGUCGCUCUGCGUUUCAAACUGAGCAGCGGGAAAUCACGGCAAUAUGCGAGUCCGCGAACAACGAAGACAUUGGAUUGCGGUUGGGUAUCAUUCGUAUCAAAAGUUGAUCUUCGAAAAAUAAGUUGUGUUUUCAACCAAUAAACCGGUGAUUUUCGAAAACAAUGUUCUUAUUUUAAUGAAUUGCAAAAUAAAGUUACUAUCUCAAAUACAGAUAAAUGUGUUUUAAACAAGAAGUGAUAUGAUUCUCUAAAUAUAUGAUAUAGUGAAAUGCAAAAGUUGAUUUUUGGCGGACAUGGGACACCAUACAGAGCCUGAAAUAAUUUUAAAAUUUGUCCGGAAAAACUUCCGAUCAAAACGAAAUUUGACGGGAAAUUUGCAAAAUUGACCGGAAUUUUUUUUAGUUUAGUUUGACCAAGUUAUAGUGAAUAAUAGACAGAUUUAGAUCGAGGACGCGGACGUCAAAGACAACGUGAACAUGGCGUCAAAAUGGCGUGGCUUAUCCAUACAUGGGCACAAUACGCCAUUUUCACGUCGUCUUUGACGUCCGCGUCCUCGAUCUAAAUCUGUCUAAUAAUUUAAUCACGCCCGCCGACGCUGUUUUUAUCUUGACCCGACAACACCAUGCUGUAAACCACCAUCUUGUUUAUUGGGCUCGUGGACUAUACUUUCCAGUUGAUUACUUUAUAUUAGCCUAAUAUAGAUAAUCCAAACUUACAGAUGGUACUCACUGUGCUGAGCGCCGACCCGAUCAUUAAGAAAACAUUUUUCUUUUUCUCAAAAUUUGGCCGGACAAAAUUUCCGAUCAUUUCAGCAUUUGAUCGGAAAAAUCGGAAUUUGGUCGGAAAACCGCCGGCCGCCGGCCGUUAUUUCAGGCUCUGCCAUACUUCCACCGCCUGUGAAUUAUAAGCCUAAGGGCUAAGAAAGAAUGCAAGACCCAAUUUUUGUUUGUGUUUGUGUUUGUGUUUGAGUUUCAGGCCUCAUUCAGGUUUGUUGGCUGUCCUUAUUUCAAUACAAUCUUUAAAGUAAAUAACGAACAAUAAUUAAAGAUGGUCAGUUAAUUAACUGCAGUGAUUUACUGUCUGUGUUUGUUACGCGUAUGAAAACGCACCCGCAGAGAAUCAAUAAUUAAAUUACAUUAAAGUUUAUAUCGGCAACGACGAUUCGUAUAUUUUUAUAGCUUACAAUGCGUUUCGGAACUGCAGAAUUAAUAACAUUUGCCGAAGUAAUGAACAUACUGUGGCUUAAGAAUGCGGUGAAUAAUGCUCGCAGUGAGGAAAAUAUACGCAGCAUGUAUUGCUUAAAAUGAAUAUUUGUUUAAUAUAAGUGUUUCUAAAUGACUACUGCAAGGAUAUAUAAACAAAAUAUGCGAUUAUUUACGGUUGCAGUUUUAAUUAUCAAACAGACUAUUCUCAGUUUGUCUGCUCUUGCGUUCAUCCAACCGUCUUCUGGAUUACGUCUACACAAGCCUUUUCAAAGAUGCAUAGACUAUAAACCCUCUUUUGAUCCUUGCGGCUCAGAUAAUUAAAAAACAAGAAGCGCGCGAAAAUUCGCAACCGAGCCCGCGAUGUGGUAUCAUGACAAUAAUAUGACAUGUGCCAUGCACGUGCCGCCCGAUCUGGAUCAUUGUAUGUGCAGCUUAAUAUUCUCGUUUGAAUAUUAGUUAGUCAACAAAUCAUACAUACUACACAGUUCUAUGCAUGCCACUGAAAGACCGCUGAUGCUUCAUGGACUUUAUGCAAUCAAUUUUACCCAAAUGAUUAACUAUUGUACCGACAUUCCGUAGAAUAUUAAUUUGAUCAUAUUACAGAAACUCAAUCAUUUUCCCAAUCUCGUACUCAGAGCCAGAAUUUGGCCCUUGAUUUACAUAGUACAACUCAUGUUGUAAGCAGGUUGCAUGUAAUAGUUUCAGGCAGAAGUAAUUGUGUAGUGUAAAUCGGCCUUUACAGAACACAAGAAAUACAACGUUUUGGUGAUACUGUCCGCAAUUACGCGCGUAAAAACGCACAAGUUGUUCCAGGUCUGCAAACAAGUUGUUACAAAUAUGUUCACAAGCAGUUAACAAGUUGUGUUCGCACUGCUUGUUCCAAGUUGUUGUAACAAGUUUGAGACAAGCUGUUAACAACUUGAAACAAGCUUGAUGGCAUUAUCUGACUUGUAGCAAAGUUGUUCUAACAAGUCUGAUACAGUCAUGAUGAAUGUUACAAGGUUGAUCACACAAGGUUGUAACAAUAUUGUGAUAUCAUGGCUGUAUCGGACUUGUUAGAACAACCUUGCAACAAGUCUGACAAUAUCAACAAGGUUGUUACAAGUAAUUUUAAAAUUGUUAACAGUUUGUUCCAAAAUUGUUGACAAUUACUUGGGACAAGCAGUCAUGCGAAGACAGGCCCGUAGCUGGGGGGGCAGUGCCCCCCCCCCACUCGGUGGGACAGUGCCCCCCCCCCACUCGGAAAUCGGGUAUGAAAAAUUGAGAUAAAGGGCCUGGGAAGCAAUUGUAAUAAUGGAAAAAAUUCUGUAAAUUUUGUGGAAAAUUUUGUGAUUUUUGAAAAAUUUUGUUAGAUUUCGGAAAAAUGGAGUAUGUCCGGAAAAAUUGUUAUGUCCGGAAAAAUUUUUUGACCCCUAAAAUGGUACACUGACCGAAAUUUUUUGGGCGACGGGGGUGGGAGGGGGGGAGGUCGCCAGAAUAAAUUCGGGAAAAAUUUUUUUUUCAUAUCAAACGUUUGGUUACAUUCUUUCUGGAGUGAGUGCCCCCCAGAAAUUGAGAGCCAGCUACGGGCUUGUGCGAAGACCACUUGUUGACGGCUUGUUGGCAGACUUGUUACAAGAUGUAGGAUUUUUAUGCGUUUACUAUCCACCUCUACCCACCACCAGAUGAGAGGCUAGUAUUUGAACGUCAACUCUCACAGACUCUCAUACUCACUCUCAUACUCCCAUCAACAUUGACCUGGUACAAAUUGUAAUGAGAGUUAAUUAAUUGAUGAGAGUUUUUGCUAGUUUGUUCACCAAAUCUAGGCGACUCUCAUUACACUCCCUCUCGCAACUCUUACUGAUUUAGUCGUUUGACAGGGUAUGCCACUCUAUUGUACUCAUUAACACUUUGUACGUUUGACCUGGGCUUAAUUUAACUGGUACAAGAAAGGCGACUUUCAGUCAAAAACGUUGUGUAACCAAAUACAAGGAUCCUGAAACACGUACCGAUGCUGUUGUUUGUUUUGGUAUACCGUGAUUAAAUAACAUGUUUUGAACGACUAAGUGUUAUUGAUGCGACGGUGCCAAUCGUUUACACGCUUGAUCAAGCGUAUAAGUGCUGGGACGGGGAAUAUUAACUGGAAACAGAUAAGAUCACACUUAUGACUUUCGUAAGGACAAUAUCUCAUAAUGACCUAUUCCGUUUCGAAAUUAGCUUUUCGACAGUUCAUAUUUAAACAUGAUAAAUGAAAAACAGGGUAAUAAAUGUUUUUUCUUUGCUAACAUGGACUCCAACUGAAUAUUUGAAAACAACACAGACAAAACAAAUAUUUGCGAAAAAAUAAGCGCCGUAAACACACAUGUUUGUAAAUUAUAAUAGGUCAUUAACAGAACUUGGCUCAAUUAGAGAGUUAAGCUGGUUUUGUUUGAUCCAAGGUAUUAUUUGGGCAACAACGUUAAUCCUUUUUGUUACAAAUACAGGCUUAAAAACAUAAAAAAUCACUGGCAAACUCACAAUAAACAAACGCAAGCAUACUGUAGGGGGUAUUUUUAAAUUCAAUGCACUGUUUGGACAUUUGUACUCCCUGCAAAGCAGUAAUUUUGUCGGCUAAAUAAAAAUAUUUAUGAAACUUCGAGAAGCUGUCAUGACAAUGCAACAAUCAACUCAAUAAACAUCCAUCAUUCGUCAACAUUUACUUACUGUCAAAACAAAAACAAAUAAUAUUUUAGUUUUGUGCUGUUUGAAAGUUAGUGCAGACCUGUUUACUAUAUUUAAUUAUCCAAAUUCUGAUUAAGUCCGUAUAGUUUAAGAUUUAAUUUCCUGUGUUUUUGAAUGAAUUGUAUAGUCUACUGUAUAAGCGCCAUGCACGCCAUCGUACGUUGGAUCAAAGAGAUGGAUUUUCCUGAUAAGAACUAAUUGGUUAUCAAAUUUCAAUAGAGAGAAUAAAAACCCAAUUGAACAUCAAGAAUUGAAACAAAUUGUAGGACUUUAUCCAAUUGAAAAAGUUGUGGGAGGUAUUGACUGUUUACGUUUGUGAAGUAACGCAUGGUUCUUCUGUCCCAAUACACGCGGUUAUGUUUUUAAUUUACUUUUGAACUAAUGAGCAAUGAUGAACAGAACCUGAAAUUGAUCAAGGAAACACCUUGAAAAUCGAAUUGAUAACCAUGAUCUUGGCUUUAUUAGUGUUCUAUAUUUGAUACCGAACACCAAUCAAUAUAGCCACUAUAUAUAUAUUAGGUAUUAUUAUAUCUCAUAUACGACACUGUAUGCAUGAUGGAAUUGUGCAAGCAUUGAAAUUGCUGGUCAAUUUUACUAUAAGAGCAAGAUGCUAAAAUUUUGCCAACCGUGAGAAGCAUUGAUGAGGUUUUAUAAUAAACAGAAAAGUUUAUUGAAAAUAAAUAUAGCCUAUAGAAAUUUUGGUUAAUUAGCUUAAUUAAUUAGGUCAAUAAGCAUAUAACAAAUUUCCAUAUAACUUCAAUCUUCAUAUAAAAUUUCGGCGUACAUUUUCAUUAUUUUAUUUUAACUACAAUUUCAAUCUGUGUUUUCAUUUCACUGAUGAUGUAAAAAACAUUCUAUUAUUCUGGUUUAGUGAGGCGGAUAUGUGUAAAAUUAUUGAUCAGUAGUUUACGUUGAGGUUAAAAGCAUCAAACUUUUACAAUUGUGUAGUUUUAUUUGCUUAAUAGAUAUUUGAAGUGGGGCCGUCGCUAUUUUGCUGCUAACUCCUGAAAACGGGUUAUUAUAGCCAAAAAAUGUGAAAUUUUGUAUUCAAUUACAACAAAUAUGACUUGCAUCAUCAGAAAGCUUAUAAAAAACUGCAUAUAAGACGUUUAGUUUUUUGAUUUCUGAAAUAGUUUUCGAAUUAUAAACUGUUAAAAACGCAUUUUUAAACAUCGAAUAAUGAAUUAGGGACUUUUAGCGAGAUAAUGUGCCUAAUUUACAGCAAUAACCAUUUGAAGAAUAAAAAAACUGUUUAAAAGUCUUUUAUGUAGUUUUUUACAAGCUUUCUGAUGAUGCAAGUUAUAUUUGUCGCGAUUGAAUUCAAAAUUUCACAUUUUUUGUUGUAGUAGAAUUCACGAUGGCCCCACUUUUGCAUGUUGUUCUACUCAUAAAAAGAUGCUACUGUGCACAAUUUGGUGCUUUUAACCCUCUUCGGAAACAUCCAUGCACACAUCCAUAUGACACUAGUUGUUAAACUGCGAAUCAUUGCGUUGUAGCUAAUUUUCGAAAAAAAUGACAUGGGCUUCUUGAAAUUUAGCCACUAACUGCAUGGGAUGCAUGUAUCAAUUAUCUCUAAUAUAUUGCAUUUCAAUGAUUGAUGGGGGUGAAGCCAUGCAAUCUAUCACGUAUCAUGAUGUGAGAUUCUGAAUUUUUCAAUUCGUGACUGGUACAAUUAUGACUGUUUUAAAAAUGGAAAGCAACGAAUAGUGGAGACGUUAAAAAGAUUCGGUUGAUUUCAAAUUUUUAUAUCGAUCAUGCAGCAUGCAUGAGAGCUCUUGUCCUCGAAAUUAUAAAAACUUAAAAGUAACAAGAUACUGCAUGAGCAAGCAUUAUAAUCUAUAUAUAGGAGGACUAAAGAAUGGUGUGUAGUCCUGACAAUUUCACUCGGGGUCUCAGUAGGGAGGCCUUGAGGCAUGAAUUGGCAGAAUUUUUUUAACCGAGGUCUCUGAAACACGUUUUCCUGUAUUUUAAGUGACAUUGUCAUAUAAAAAUACAGUUUUAUCAUAUUGAAACAAGAAAUUAGAAUCACUAUCCGGUCGCAAUUUACUUGAAUAUGUGACCUUAAAAAUUGAAUAGAAAUCACUGUACAACAAUGCCAAAUCUUAUUAAAUUAGCAAGACUUUCGAUAACCACUGAGUAUUCUAAAAAAAUACAAAACAAUGGAAACUCCGAAGAAAAAAACAAAACAAAAACUUGUUAUUGCAUUAUAAAAGAUUAUUUCAGUCUUGCAAAUGAUAAAUAUCUUAAUUAAGGGGACUCAUCUCCCGACACUGAAUGGAAACUUUAAUAAGGGAGGCUCAUCAUCCCUCAUGGGCUCUCCUCCCAGUUCACCUCGGGAACGUUGGAGUUUGAACUAUCAUUAUGACAUUUUAAGGUUCAACAUGCACAAUAUGACAGUGCUGAUAAUAACGACUAAACCCAGUGAGGAUUAUACUUUUAUCUCUUUUUUUCAUGAAUAAAGUGUACCAAAUUUACAUGAAAUUAGUGAAUUUAUUGGAUAACUUUGUUAUCUCUAUGCGAAAUAAUAUUCUAUGUACAUUAAUGGUGAACAAAUUUACACUCGGUGGAAGUCAUACCUAUGAAUUUUAUAAAUAAGGCGUAUAGACUGUUCCGUGAAAUAAUGUCCAUUCUAAUAAAUAUCGAAAUUGAUACUAAUAUUUACACCAAAUAUCCUAAGCCUUCUCGAAGGUAUACAAGUCUGUAAGUUAGUAGGUUGAUACAUUUUAUUGGGGGUGGGGGAUGGUCCAGAUGGAAUGAUAUAUUUGAGGAGGUGCGACGAUUUAUUGGCUCAAUUUAAUAAGGCAUGUAAUUUGAUCGACAGUUCAUGUGUUGCUGAAACAUUGCAAUGUCAUUAGAAACAUGAUGCUUCAUCAUCAUGGAGUCCUGUAAGUUCGCUGUGAUUGGUUUAUAUUUCCCCGCCUUUGUCUGUUGAACACUUUCCUUCAUGCCUCGUUUCCAUUUCAUGCGUCUGUUCUGGAACCAAAUUUUAAUCUGAUUUUCAGUCAACUUCAGAUCGUUGGAAAUCUCUAGCCUCCGCGCCCGAGUCAGGUAUUUGUUAAAAUGAAAUUCUUUCUCAAGUUCGACCAGUUGUUUCUGGGUGAAAGUGAAUCUACGUUUGUGGUUGUCAGCCUCUUCCUUCGUAACUGACGGUUCAGUUGUUUUAGUUGGUUUUGAACUCACAUUACCUGUGCAGGAAAAAAAUAUGAUUAGAGAUCUUAUGUUUCCAGAUAAUGUCCAGAAAUAUGUAAAUAUUAGAAAAAUUAUGAGGGUUGGAGAUUUUCCACCGCAUGAAUAUUUGUUCGGCCUUUCGGCUAGUGCAGGAUACGUUUUGGCGGAAUCUUAAAAGUUUCCCCUACUCCUUCCAUCACUUUUCUAAUGGUCCAUCCAAAAAAAAAGGUUUAGUAAACUAGGCUAAUAUUGUUUAGACUGGAUAACUCUAUUGUUCUGUGCAAAGGGAAAUUGAAAUACCCGAAAAUACCCUGCGGCGCUUAAAAAAUCAAUCCGGAACCACUUUUGUUCGUGCGAGGUAUAGAGAAGAGGUGAGGUGCAGGUAUAGAGAACGGCAUGCAUUGCUGGAAUCACGGCUGGAAUUGAACCCCUGUUGCCGGUUGUAAAGUAAAUGCGCUGAUCAUUUGCCCCAAUGCAAGCCACGAACCAGUAAAAUUUGCCAUAUAUCAUACAGUGAAUAUCUUACAUAGUCAUGAUUAAUCUUUAUUCAUUCAUUAUUAGACGAUUGGAACUAGAUAGAACCACAUUACAUUUUCAUCGUAGCAUCUCGCACUCGCUUAUCAAUAAACGCAUGAAUAUUUCGCGUUCCAUACAUGAAGUUUUUGAACCAUUAUAUACUGUACGUUUCAAUUCACCAUUUAUAGCGACCAUGUUUGAUUUUGAUACACCAUGCAUAAUUAAUAACAGGUUCGAUGUACCUGGAUGGCAAUUUUGAUUAUUAUUCAUUUAAAAGAUUCGUAGUUUCAAGAUAUGAAAUUGUCAUAUCAACUCAAUAUAUAGCUUACCAAAUAUGGCGUUUUGACAUAAUAUUCUACGCAGCGAUGUAGCAGUGCUGAUCAGUAUAAAAAUAUCAUAUGAGCACAUUGACGUCCUGAUGCUGAUAUUGUUUUUUCAUAUCAGAAUUAUGACGUCAUGUUGUGGAAACACAAAUAUAAAAUGUGAAAACACGACCAAAACAAUAUUGCGCCGGCUUGGAUUUAAGGGAAGCAAAUUUUAAAAUAUAAAGAAGAAAUAUCAAUGAACAGCCAGAAACUGAGCUUUGGAACCUCUCAAAACGAACUUAUUAAAGAGAAAGGAAAGAAUUUUGCAAAUGUGAAAAAGAACUGGUCAUUAUUUCGAUGAUAUGAAGAAUUAUCAGCCUUCGACUUUGGUUGAUAACACAAACUUUGGCCUUGGUAAUUAUUUAUAUAAUGCUCAACCUCAUUAAUAAUUGUUAAAUAUCUACUAUACACUCAUUAGCAUUAACACGAGAAGAAAUGAAUUUCGAUUGAGACGAAGAACCGAAAAAAUUAUGAAAAAACUUUAAUGUCGGGCUGAGUGGGAUUUCGUGUUUGGGGAUUGGUUUUCGAAAUUCCCAUCAAAUUGAAGAUCAAAAUCGCAGAUCCUAUUUUUUAUUUGAAAGAUUACAACUCGGCACAUAUGGCGGCCAAUGCAUUCAAUUGUAUCUAAUACCUUUUAAUUUCAUAUUCGGUAUGCUGCAGUAAUUCUCAUGAGAAUGACACUAGGCAGCAAAUACCAUACAUACUUUCCAUGCAGUAGGUUUGGAACGCAAGGCAUGAUGCAAACAACAGAUCAGUUGGUACACAAAUACUGAAUCAGCACGUGCACGGGCAAAUAUAUACUGCAUGCAUAUUUGUGGAUAUCCAAAAAUUCUUUGAUUUUUUGAAAUCUAUCCGACUGUAGAUCUUUUGAUAAUGUUACGAAAGUCUUGAAAACAUACCGUUCAAAUUUUACCUAACUAAGAAUACGAAACAGCUGCAUGUAUAUUACGAAAUGAAUCAAGCUACAGCAAUGGAUGUACCAUUCGUAUACGUUCUUUAGUCAAUCCCAUACCGGUGUUCCGGCAUUGCAAGGACGUCUCAUAGGUAAAUGAAGAAAGAAUGGAGGCUUUGCUUUAGCAAAUAUAUAAGGUCAAGUGCACAAAUCAUCUAGUUGUACAGUAUGAAUACUGGCAUUUAAAUUUUACAAACAAUGAAGGUAUUGAAACUGUCAGUCUUUUUCUACAUUGUACACACUGUACGAUGUACAUAUUGUACGAUGUUUUCGAGCUAUUAAUUGUUGGUGUCGUUGCUUCUUAAUAAAUCGUCAUGCAUGCGCAUGUUCAUGGUAACGAGUUUCUCUUUCAAGCUUUUCUUUGGUAUUCAAUUGACUUUCAAGUUUCGCCUUUUCCUCACGUAAAGAUAUAAUACACCAUGAUUCCGUUUUGCACUACAAAGUAAUCCGUUUUUUGUCGCUUCCUUUCGAUUGUGGUAUUUUAUAGAAUGUUUUUUAUCACAAAUUCAUUAAUACAUUUCCAGUUCAAGGUUUUCCAUUUCGAGCUCUUGUAUUCGUCGACUUUGCUCGCAGUACGUUCAUUCAAAUUUGAUUCAUCGAUUAUCCUCUGCUGUCGUUUCAUUUUCGGACCGACAAAUGUUCCAGACUAGUUCUACUCCGCUUUCUUCUCAAUUCUUCUUACUUUUUCCGUUCAAUACAACACGCCAUGCGAAGGUUCUCCCUUCGCUUACACGCUUCAGACUUUCGUGUCAAUUUCGUUUUGUCUCGGGAAGUAUCCAAUGAGAGUGAUUCGAUCCACUAUUCCAGAUCCUGUAUAUGUUCAUGUUGGUAUUCGGGGUGCCCACAUAUUUCAAUAGUGUAUUUGACAAGGUCGGUUAUUGGGGACUAACCCUGCGCGAAACCUCGUAUUCCAGAACGGAAUCUUUAGCCCACAAAGAUAAUGCUACGACACAACAAAAUUGUUUCAACAGACAAACUUUAGUCGACACGAAGAUGGUUAAACUCAACCUCGUACCCAGGCUCUUACCUUCGCACGCCCUCAAACCCUGGGUACGAGGUUGGGUUAAACUUGGGGUUACGUGUUCCAAACAAUCCCAGACCAAGACUGCUAAAACCUCGUAUACAGCGAAUGAAUAUCUAGCUACUUACAACAAUGUCACUGCACGCAAAUAACAGACGCCAGCACUUUUCAUUGAAAAAAUUGGCAAAGUACAAAUUUUGUUCGGCUGUACGGGUCAAUAAAGAAAAAUAUUGGCAAAGUAAUUUAACCAAUUACAUGCGGUUGGUCACCGAUCUGUUGUUCCAAUAGCCGCCAGUUUGAAAAUUUGUCAUAUAGGCAUAGCAAUAGAAAACUUGCUCGUCUGCAUAAUCGGCUUAAUCAAGGGUACAUAAGUUGACAUACAUUGAUAUAUUAUUACUUUGCUAAUGCAUGUUAGAUAAACAAAUGCACCGUAAAUCCCGAGAACAUUUAGUCCUAACGCCAAAUUAUACUAUGCAAUUAAAAAUGCAAUUGUGACAUCAUGUGAUUAGAUAAUUAUCUCUCUCCUCCGCAGAGGCGUAGAAAUGCUUAUAAUUUAUAAGGCAUUCAUAUAUUUCAUCUUCAAAUUCGUAUUAGCAUUUCUAAGCCUCUGCGGAGGAGAGAGGGUAAUUACUACACGAGGGGCAAGUCAAAGUCUGUAAAAGUGCUUGACUAUUCUAAAUGAAUUCAUACAACAUAUAUACUCUUGAAAAGUUGACGUCUGAAUUGAAUUAAAAUCUGAAAGAAUACGACGGAAGUAUAUCUAUUUAUGACUAUGUACUAUCCUCAGUAAAUAUGGAUUCUGACGAUUGCUCUAGAACGAAUUUUCCUAUAUUAUAAUUAAAUUUGACAUUUGACUGUUUAGUUUCAGGAGAACAUAAUAAUAAGAAUAUUGCUUUAUCAACUACAAAAGGCCCCCAAAUUCCGAGAAAAAUUCUCAAAAUUUCCAGUCAUAAAAUGUCUGGACUUUGGAUAGUGGAAACGUCUCGUACACAUUCUCGGAGUUAUCAUCCCCUCGAAUUAGUAUGUUGUUCAUGUUACUCAGGACUAGCACCUGCACGCAAAAUCCACGCCUUAAAAUUCUAAUAAUUUAGAACGAAUUCAGCACUAACAAUAACAUUUACAUGCUGGCAUUGAAACCUAUAUUACAGGUGAAAAGACCAGCCUCAGGUGCCGAAAUCGGCAUAAACGUGUUGUUCUACUAUAGUGUAAACAAUUAGUUAAUGCUAUACUGUAAAGUCGGGAGAUGACAAGUUUCAUAUGACAGGUUUUAUUUGCCCGUCCGUAUACGAAGCUUUGCAAGUUUUCACUAUGUCUAUGACAAGUACAUUUGGCCAAAAGCUAGCAUGCUAGCUUUUGAACAACUGUCAGGGAAAAAAUUGGCAAAGUGCAAAUUUUGUCCUCUGUAUAUGGGUCAACAAAGAAAAUUUGGCAAAAUAACUUGCCAUAUCAGCGAUCAGAAAACCAAAAACUUGUCAUACAAAAUUUGUUGAACGUACAUGCACACGUGCAAUUGACAAAUAAAAUUUGUCAUAUGAAUAAAACUUGCUUGUUUGUAACCGGCUUAAUGCCACCUGAGUCUGAGAAAAUUAAUUAUUAAUGUAGACGUUGAUCACGUUCCAAUUUGAACUGUCUAUAGGUGACGAGUGCUUAUGAAAACGAGAUUAAUAAGAAUGAGUGUUUAUUAGAUUAUAUUGCCUGGCUACAGUACAAAGAUACAGCCAUGUGAACUGCAAAGUCCUAUACCAAAAAGUACUACUUCCAAAUUUUUACUAUACCUACAUAUGUAUACUAUUACUACAUGAUGCAUGCAUUCAAAAUGUUUAUAGGCUUGCGAGAACUAAUCCAAAUCGCCUUUUUCUCACGCUCGGUUUAUUCGCCAUUUUGGGGGUACUGCCUCUCCCACGUUCACUGUCGUUGCCGUAACAAAAUGUCCGAGGGACCGAGGGUUUGAGGAAAUAUGACUUUAUGGUUAAUACUAUAGUGAUAGUCAUCAUGGGACACAAAAAUUUCAAUAUUAUCAUUACAAAAUUAUUCUCUUAUAUAUAGGCAUAGCUAUAUCUUAUAUAUGCGGCUACUUUCGCAGUUCUAUAAAGCUGUGUGUUCAAGCCAGAUCCAUGAACAUUGUCAGUUCGUGCAUGAGCCCUAUAUAUACUACAUUCAUUACAUACCCAAAAGCCUGACUGAAUACUAUUUUUUCAAGAAUGCCUCUCAAUUUAAAAGAUUGAAAGACGCGAUCCGGCCUUGAAAUACGGACUCGCAAAGAUGUCUAUAGCUGAAAUGUAACGCUUAAAAGCAGAAAGAGGAAUCUGCAACUGCAUUUUUGUCCACAAUUUUGUGUUAUAUGUUCAUAUGCGCAGGCGAACAUACCACAAAACUGCAACUGCAUCACUGGCAUUAACCCGUCAGACUCAAAGUAUAUAUAUAUUUACAGCGCAAUAUGCAAGCGUAAAUUAAGAGCUCAGGUGCUAGAUCGGAGUAACAAAACCUUCACAUGCAAAGCUAUUCAUAAUGUUGUCAAGAAAGGACAAAUAUUUAUAUAACUUAAAUUACAUUUAAUCUUGUACAAAUGUACACUAAUGAACAAGCAGGUUUUGCAUUUAUUAAAGUCUCAAAAGUAUAAGACUCGAUGUUAAAUAUUGAAAACCACGGGCGGUUAUCAUAAAUUUGAUAGGAAAAAUCAUAUUACUAAAAUUAAAAUAUUUUAUUGAAAUAUCUAACGAUAUACAAAAUAUGGCAGCCAUGCAUGCCAUCUUUUCUCGAGUUUUGGGCCUGAAAUGUUUCUCAAUUACAAAUUCUGAAAUGUAAAUAGAAACUUAAUAGCUAUAUUAUUCAAAGCAGUAAUUCUGUCAUUUUAUACCUUAGUGUAUAAACUGAACAGUGCACAGUGUAUUUGCGUUUAAGAUGGUUCAUUAUCGUCUCAGUGGGAUCUCCUUUCUUUCUUCGAUUAACAAAACAAACCUUGGUGCUAUAGUGCAGAAUUAAAGAACUGCUGCGAUAGGCUAUACCUUUGCUUUUCCCCGCCGUUCCACGCUUUUAAUAAGUUACAUAUUUCAUAUAUCUAUUAAUCUUUAAUAUCAAGCAGUUGACUGGGCAGUAUCUUAUUGACUGAGUAUAGUUGUCUGCAUGUAACCUAAAGUGCAGCACACUUCUACGAUUCACGACCUUGACUUCAUCUUUUCACGCUGUUCCUAUAUAAUAUCUAUAUAUUUUACUUGUUAUAUCUAUUAGUAAUGUUUAACUCAGGUGGACUCAAACCGAAUGGGUAGCAGUUGACUGAUUAACGUCUUAUAAAUAUGGCGACUAUAGAAUUCAUAACUUAGAAAUAUUGACUAUAGAUACGAGAUUAGAGGUGGCUUUCCCGCGUGCAUGAAUCGUCUUUUUAAUAUCUGGUAUACACAUUUAUAGCUAUUAAUCAUUUACUACAUCAGUCAAACAAUGAGUUACUAAAGUAAAAUGGUAAUUCUUUGGCAUGCAUGCACACGUUUUAUACCCGUGACGAGAAGAUGUUAAGAACACAAUUAUGAAUGAAUUUCCAGUAUAUAGACAAAUAUGUUCCCAGGAUACAGCUGUUUGCAAGGAUGAUGAAGGUAGUUUCAACAUUAGUAAUACGAAGCUUGUUUCUUCAAGAAUCAAGGAUUAGAAUUAUACCUAUACUUGUAUAUGGUAUGAUUCAAGACUGUUUGCAGUACAAGACUUGCGAUGAGGCGUAACAACAAAACAGUCCAUUGUAAGGAGUUGUGUAAUUCCUGAUCGGCUGAUCCUUUCUGAGACAAUUAAAUAUAUGUAUACUGUACACGUAUAAAACAGAUUAAAUUUUUCGUCUUUGUAGUACUGACGACUGCAAGAAUUCAUUUAUAAACUGCACUGGACGUUGAAUUGAAUGGUGAUUGAUAUUUCAUUUUAUUAUUGGUAUUUAAAUCGGUACAUGCAUGUAAGAUGUUUCAACAUCAUUCUUCUGAGAAACCUUACCAAACGAAUGAGCUGCAAAAUUAAUGCUGUGGUAUCUAUAUAUCAAUAUCUAUUAAAUUAUUGUAAAACUAUAUAAUUUCCAUCAGAUUUUAAGGUCUCACAGUAUUUUAUAACAUAUUUCUGUGCCAGGAGCCUGAUAUACAAAUUUGAUCUGGCGUUCAACAUAGAAAAGAAGAAAAUACCUCAUAAGACUGUCUAGACUCAAUCUCACGACAAACCUAGUAUACGAGAAUACGGUUCUAACUAAAGGGGAAGAAAAUGGAUGUUCCAUUUUUCUUCGAAUAUUAAAGUUUCUAUUUCAAACUCACCUAUCGAACCGUUGCGUUUCGUGAACAUCCAACGAAAAUCAGCCGUGUUCCAGCGUUUCUUUUCCGCUGUCGCGUUUUGAAUGGAUUUUGCCGUCUUAGUGCUUGGUGUUUGAGUUGGAGUUGUAUGGGUAGGUGGUAGAGGGAUUGGGUUGAGGUUUUGAUUGUGAAAGCCAUUGACGGGCGAAGAUGUUUGGUAAUUUGGGCUGGGUACUCCAUGAGUGAGAUAAGAGUUCUGUGAUGCUGUUGGACUAUACGUUAACGCAGUGUUUAUCAUAGUUCGGCUAUUAUUGUUAGUGUUACAUUGCAGACUGUGCUCUGGUGGGAUUGGAAGAUGUCUUAGAGGAGGUGCGGAUUGGUAAUUGUUGAUACCUUCAAACUGUGACGCCGGUGUAGUGAUCGAGCUAGAGGGAGCAUGGAUAUAUGCCCCAUAAGUUGUGAUACUUCUAUCCAUUCUGAGCUUAAUCAAACAGAUACGCACUUUCCAACCUUCUAGUGAUCGGAUGAUCAAUCAAAAAAAUUUCGAAAUUUCCAAUCCUACUCUGAUUUGGUUUUACUUCGCGUUGUCCUUUUCCCCCAAGUGGUCGCGAGCUACUGAAUAGGCGUGAAGUCUUGAUGAAGGCUUUUACAAAUGUUAGUAUGUUGAACGCGUAAGUUCUUAUUGGGCCAUAUGAUUUGCUUACGGAGUGCUCAUUGUUCCUUCUCAAUAAACUGCAAACAAUGCAUUCACGAGCGGGCCGGACGACAUGCGGCGCAUUCAGACGAGAUAUUCGCGCAAUCCGCUUCGCAUCACUCCAGGUAGCGUUAUUUAUAAACUUGUAAUCUUUAACACAUAUUGCUUACUUUGUAAAACUUUCGCAGUACAACCGAGAAAGUCUGAGUGUUGGAAUAUAAAUAAACUAUGGCCUUUCUAUUUUAGAAAUCGCUCAGAUAAAAUGGAAGAGCGCGCGUCUGAAAAAGCAUCAAGAAUUUUCCCCUGAGAAACGAACGAGGGAAUAGGGCACGUGCUGUGGAAAUGACAGCAAAGUCCACCUACAAUUUUUGACAGAAAUCGGAACAUUUCUAAGGGAUAAAUUUGUUUUAGGACAAUAGACACGGUUUCCCCUUGCGAGACAAGACAAAGAAAGUGGGAUAUGCUUGGAGGCCAAUACAGCAUGAGGGGAUAACGCAAUAGCAGGCCUAUAUAGUGCAUUGAAUAAUCAGACGAAAAUGCGGCAUCUUAAAUGCAUGUGCACUUUACUGAAGUUACACUUGCACUAUUCAAAAAAAUUAAUAUUUUUAUUGUCCUGUAAGAGUAAAUUAAAAACCAGAAAUUAUAUAAAAAAUUCGAAAGCUUUUACUGACAUAUGUAAAAAGCUUAUAUACAAAUGCACCGACGACGUAUUCCAGAAUCACUUCAAAAUAUCUGAUUGCUAUACACGCCAUAUAGUUGUGACCUCUAACAUAGGAAGUAUAUUUACUGUACUUCCCAAAACAAUUUCAAUAGAUUAUUAAAUUUCUCAGUACAUAUAUGAAAAGAUUCUUAUCAUGCAAUUAAAAUGUAUUUAAGCCUCGUUAUAUUAUUAUGUCAUCAAAUUCAAUAGAUUAAACAAUCGCAUACAUGGCCUGUGGCCAAAAGCUAAAAAGCCAAAAGUUAUACAAAUACAAUUUUCAUUUUAACCUUUAUAGCUUUAGACCACACACUGAUGUUGUGUAAAAUGAAAUGCUUCACUAAAUUAAAUUAUAUGAUUUUUCAAUUAUUCACUGUCCAAUCAUAGAAAUUAUAAAUUCCCCAAUAUAUAUUGCUAUUGCAGAUCGAUGUUAUAUGCAGUAUUUUUCGAUAAUGUAAUCAGUUUCAGAUUUAGUGAGUAUAUACAAUCAAGCAACUAGUUGAAUACACCUAAAUCAAAUGAUCUCAACACAUACAGUAUACUGCAGGGGUCAGUGAAAAUAUGCUUGCUUCACGCAAUGUUUUAGAAAAUAUAUUUAUUUACUUUACAUGCAGAAUGAUCUUGUAUAUACACUGUAAAUUGAAAAUGUCAAACUCAACUGAAACGACCCCAAAAGAGUUACUCUGGCAGUCUGGGGAAUCAAAUUUGGCCCCGUUCGCAAUCGUUAUCACACUAGCAUUUAGAUCGAUCCGAAACCGUAUUGACUAUUGAGCCAAGUGUCGAUAACGAAAAACGAGCUGAGGCCGAUUCAAGAAGGAAAUCGAUCUCAAAGUGUGUGUUUCGCAAUUAUCGGGCGUACUGUACGACUUCAUAAUAUAUCCGAUGUCAACACUUUUUAAAUCAAAGAAAGUUUGUUGACGAAUCAACCGCCUUAUGAUAAGGCAUGCACAGCUACUGUACAGUACGUAGCGUGCAAAACCAAUUUACCACAAAGUUUAGUCUUAUAUUGCAUUUACCACACUGACCAGAAUAAUUAGGCAGAGACCGAAGAAAAGAGUUUUCAAUAAUUUAAGAUCCACAUUCAGUCAAUUAUUAAAUAAAUUUGUCCCUGCAUGGUAACAUCUGGCAAAGAUUGGAAAUUAAAUUGAAAAGAUUAAAGACAUAUAUAUCAAGAGUGAAGAGGGUAAACUAUAUUCAUUAAGGCCUGCAUGUUAUACACUUGCAAUUUUUGCUGCGGCGUUCGUCUUGCAGGAUGAUCUCGAGUCAACUCAAGGUAUGAAUGUUCAAAUGAGGCACAAAUAUACUCAGAAAAUUAAUAACUUAUUAACUCAUUCACAUGCAUCAGAAGUGUGUAAACGGAUCUUAAUAACUCUAUUUUUGAACGAUUUUGUUUACGCACAAGUUUUGGCACACGAUGGUGUACAAAACUGAGUAAACGCAAGCUCAGUUUGUUAGUAGUGCGCUGCACCGGGAUCGCAAUGCCGCAGGUUCGAUGCCUGACCGUUUAGCCGCAUUUCUCGCAGCUGAUUCUGGUUAGGUCUAAAUAAAAUGUAUAAAAUUUAUACUGGAAAUUUCCUUCUACAAAAGCAUUCCACCCUUCAUGGUCUCGAAACAUUGCCGGGUCGUGUUUUAAUCACACCACGAGUGUUGAGCGGCACACGGAACUUGAUAAUUGCAUCCUAGGUGCCAGUUUGUUUAUAAUUAAUUAUGUAACUGAGAAUAUUAAACGCGGUGUAACGCCAUAUAAUUAUCAGUUCAACUGUACUGACAACAAACAUGUAUCACUCCCUCUAAUAAUAGCUUAUAUAGCUACAAUUGAAGAAGCGAAGCACGCAGACUUUGAUAAUCGGCAACUAUAUAUAUUGCGGGCGAAUUUUAACUAUUUCGUCUCUGCCUUAUGUAAAUUAUAGCAAAAAUUACGGCACCAUACUGAAGUAAAGGCUUUAAUAAUUUAUUGGAAAAGUGGGAACAAUUAUGUCUGAAAUUCUCUGUAAUGACUUUCUCGCUCUGAAUUUGAAUACGACCUGCAUGCCACCUUGUAACGCUUACUGCAUGAAACCCAAAAGUUUUGUUCAAAAGGCAAAGAGCAAACAGUUGAUUGUACUAUAAAUAUUUUGGCUUUUGCUACUGCACUGGUGAUUUAUUUACUUAGACAAGAUUUAGUUGUUACAGUUACGAUUCUUGGUGGUAAAUUGUUUAUUUACACUUUAGGGGAAAAGCUAGUUUGGCAAUGAGAUACUUUGCAAAGUGGAAACACAUGAUAUCAGGAAGACUUGUGUAAACUAGCCAGGAAAGCUCUGCGAGCCUACUGUGUAAGGCACUAAACUGCUUUUAAAAUUUCGCCUCAUGCAAAACAAAUAGAGCAGUCGUAUAGGUUUAUAACCGCUGUCAGGGGCACAAUAUUUGACCUAGCUUCUUGCUGUUCGCCGGUCAAUGCUCCAAUCAAAUAAAGCAAAAGGUCACAAUAGUCUCCAACCGUGUUUUGUUUGUUUUUCUGUGCUAUCUUAACUACAGCGGCUUCAAAGUGCUGUGAAUAUCCCAUGGGGAAUGUAAUUAAACUGGUAUGAAACCUUCAACUUAAUAAAACUGCCAGAUAAUUAUAGCUCUUGUUUAAAAGUAGACAUUCAAAAAAUGAUUGCUCUCGUCAGGGGGCACCGUUGCCAGGAUACAAAAUUAAAAAGCAUGUAUGCAAAGAUGUAAAAGUUUAUGAGCUAUACCUUUGUCCAAAGCACAUAAAGUCAAUAUCGUUCACAAUUGUGUAUAUUUUUCUCCAUUAGGGCGAAUCUUAAAUAGAGUAAUCCAUUAAUAGCAAUAUAUUUGACUAGGGCAAGAGUUGCAAUAUAACUAGGGUGUGCCAAACAUUUAAUGCUGACAAGAUAAUGGACAGAUGCCUCGUGCCAAUAAAGAGCACAACGUCCGGAUUAAGGAUUAGUCUAUUCAAUCUUCUAUAAGAAAAGACUUAAUUCGUUCCCCUUUUAACACCCACUUAUUUUAUACUUUAUAUGUAUAUAUAUAUAUAUAUAUAUAUAUAUAUAUAUAUAUAUAUAUAUAUAUAUAUAUAUAUAUAUAUAUAUAUAUAUAUAUAUAUAUAUAUAUAUAUAUAUAUAUGUAUAUAUAGCUACUGGCACUGACUCUUCGAGAUUAUAUUUGCAUUACUAUACCUCAGUAAGGCUAGUUUAUACACUGUCAAAGUUUCUGUGAUUACGGUAGAAAUUUUGAAGAAUUUGUAAGAAAUGUCUCGGGGAUAUAACUCACUGUUAAACACUGAGUCAGUUUCCUCAAACAUUUUUUUUACAAAUAUUUCAAAACUCUGUAUCUGUAUUUAAAAUUCCUACUGUGAUCACAGAAAGUUUGAUAGUGUUAUAAAUCAGCCUUUAAAAACUCUUCGUAAUGUUUUAGGGAAAAGGAUUACGUUUUAAUAUUGUCUUUAUUUCCUACAUUUAAUAUUCCAUAUAUUAAUGCUUUAUUUCCUAUAUUCCAUAUUAAUGCUUAUUAUAAGAGAGACAAAAAGACUUAAACUCCUUGCCCUUGCCCACCCACUCGUUUACUUUGCAGGUUUAUAUAAUUAUAGCACAUUUUUGCAUUAUUUUACUCCGACUGUGGACGAAUGUAAACAUACCGAAUAACUUCUAUUUCACAAUUCCAGUUCGACUUGCAUGUUAGCCAAGUAACGGGUCGAACUUUUCUUUCUUAAACGAACUGGAGAUUGACGUCAGCAAUGACGACUUAAAAUGUUAAGAAAUUUAAUGGAACAACGAUUCAUACAUUGAAAAUUUUAAAACAUAUAUAGCAAAUUACGCAAUUUGUUCUUAAACAGCAGGAGUUAAAUUUUCAGAGAUUUUAUUUCUAUUUUUACUAUAGUAUCUAUACUGCAAUUUGCACAUUCAAAAAUACAUGUUUGUAGAACAUAAAUUCUAGAAGUGUAUUAAUAAUGUAAAUUGCUCGUUGUUUGGACUAGUGAAUAAGCGUCUUAACGAGAUUAGUUAAAGUUUAAUGAGGGACAGCUGCCAUGCAUGCAGUUGUUGCAUAAAAUUAUUAGAAAAAUUCAAUUUAUAUGUCACAAUAUAUUGUUGUCUGAUAUUUGACCGAUAUCUAUUUUUUAGUCUAAUUAAUUUAUACCAACCCCAGUUGAAAGUGAAAGUAUUACUUGUUAUAAAGCCCUGUAUAGAUGGGCAAUUUUUUCUUGACAAGCUUUCCUUGACAAGAUUUGUUUCAGUGCUCAGUCGCGUGUAUGGCAAGGAAUUGACAAGGAAUUGAGCAUCGUUUCAAAGUUAGUCAUGCCAGCUUUUGGACACGGGGAAUAUGUUCGUGUGUACGGCCGCCAAAGAAAACUUGACAAGUGUAUAUGGAAUAUUUCUAUGGUUUUGGCGAAUAAAAGUCGGCCUUGACGUGAGAUAUUCCGUGCACGCGAGCAACAGAAUUUGUCGGGAAAACGGGAAACAUGUCAAGGAAACUUGUUGACCAUACAUGCACACACGAGAAAUAAAACUAAUCAAGCUAGGAAACUUGUCAAGGAAAACUUGGUCGUCUGAGCGCGGUUUUAUUAUCAUAUAGACCUUUCCGGUAUACUAAGUACUUAUAACGUUGGCUAUAAGACUCUCGUUUUCGUGAUUCAGGGGCUUGGAUGUAACUAAUCUCACAUACACGAAAUCGAGGCUCUAUAGCCAUAUAACGUAUACAUUCCGAAAGGGAGUAUUGAGAAUGCUGUACAUACAUGCAUAUAAAAUCAAAUCCAUAUCUUGAAGCCUGCAUGCAUGCAGAGUUUAGUUGCUAUAAGGAAUAUAUGAUGAGGGUGAAAUUUAUUCAUUUCGUUUCAAUGUUAUAAUGAAGACAAUUUAAAUACACUGAAUAAGUGUUAAUGAAAGUUUUGCCUAAAUUUUUUAACCUGUAUUCAGUAAAACGUACUUCUGAAAUAAUGAUGAAUGGCGAUUACAGUCGAUUAUUCCCAUCUUAUCUCAUUCCAAAUUUAAGAUGGAGAUCAUCAAGAAAUAAUCAUCAAGAGACAAUCAACGAAAUAAAUGAAUCUUGGCACAAUUACACAUUUUUGUUUUGUUAUAUUGUUGUCAUGCCUACAAGAACAAUCAUAUAAAGGAAAAGAAACAGACUUAGCUACGUAGUGUGAACUGCAAAAAAAUUGACUAAAAAAUUUGAGUAAAAUGAAGCACCAAUGCGCAGUGACUCAAACUUUUGAGUACAAUUAGUCAACAGAUUUAUGAGCAAAUAACUUAUUUAGUAAAGUAGAUCUUUACUCAUAAAAUUGAAUAAACUAGUUGAAACUUUACUCAAAAAUAGGUACGCACUGCGUACAUGUGGUCAGCCUUUGGAAUAAAAAUAGGUACGCUAAGCGUACAUGCAUUUGCGUACGGCGUUAGUGGAUUAUAUGCCAACCAAAGAGAAAUCACUGAAAUUAUCGCAAGGACGUAGGAUGAUUGAUACACUUUAAUAGGGUGCCGGUUUUCACGAGGCGCCACCAUAAUUUCAAAAAACUUCCAAACAUGAUUUAAUUUAAAUAAGAGAUUAUGCAAUCAUCAAAAAUAGGUACGCACUGCGUACAUGUGCUUAGCCUUUACAAUAAAAGUAGAUAUGCUAAGUGUACAUGCAUUUGCGUACAGCGUUAGUGGAUUAUAUGCCAAUCAAAUAGAAAUCACUGAAAUUAUCGCAAGGAUAUAGGGUGAUUGAUACACUUUAAUAGGGUGCCAGUUUUCAAGAAGCGCCACCAUAAUUUAAAAAAAAAACUUUCAAACAUGGUUGAGAUUGUGCAAUCAUCAAAAAUAGAAAGCCCCGCCCCUCCAAUUCACUCCUGGGACAGAAUACCUUGUCAACAGCAAACAUUUGAUUUCAAUACGAUAUCCCGCAUUCCGCAUCUUGUACAUCGGUAAAUUAAAUUAAUUAUUAUAAUUAAUUUAAACACUUUUCAGAAAACUAGUUCAACGUAGCUUAGUAUACCAUACGACAAUAACUAGACUAGACAAUUUAUCUUGAUAAUAAAAAUAUUAUACUAAUCUUAAAAAUAGUAGCUUAAAUAAUCUUCGGAUUGGCAUUGCCCUCAAAAGUUCGAUAUUUUGAUUAACAAAGUCAUUUAUUAGUCAUUUCAUUUAUUAGUCAUUUCGAGUAACAAAGUCAUUUAUUCUUGGGGAUACAGUAGGGAUACAGUACAUUCACCAUUCAUUCCAGGAUAGCAGAUGUUAGUUCAUAUGUCCAAAAUUGUGAUGAAUAUCUUCUGUUAUUAAUUGAAAAGCGUCCUGAUAUACUGUAUGUACACCAUUAAAGGUGCAUAAGAUUCAUUCUGAUUCCAUACACUGCAGCUUUUGCUCCUGAUCUGAAAUAUUUAAUUGGUCACUGACAGAUGGAAAUCUUGUUUAUUCAUACAGUGUCAUUUUCCAAUAUUUACAUUUCACCAUUUGAUACAUUAUAAGUUGACCAACCAUUAGGAAUUUUCAUAGUCAGGCUUCUCAUUAUUUACAAAUGAGACAGGUAAAAUAUUCGUCUCAACCACUCAACCACUCAACAUCUUCAUAGUGAUGUAGAGUAUACAGUAUACAGUCUAGCAUUAUUCGACAGGCGGAAUUCAAUGGUGGUGGAGAUGGUUAGUUUUACCGAUUACCUCCUAAGGUGCCAUUAUUAUGUGUUUUUGUUCCAUCUACAAUGUUUAAAAAAGUAAUAUUACUAUACUGGAAAUAUAGCCUGCGUGGCAGGCCCUCAAAUUUAUGGGGAGCCUGAUUUGCAGCGGGCAGGAUUUUGGCGGGCUCCGGGGGAGGAUUAAGGGCCUGCAGGAAAGCCCGCCUUUCAUGACUACACGCCGUUCAGAUUCUGGACGGUGAAUGCGAUCACCUGAUUGGUCAAUACCAAGUCAGUGGAAAACCGUAGUAUUUGUUGAUUUCAAUAUUGUUAUCUAAUCCUCGAUCUAUCUUGAACAUCGAUGGUGGCCUCACUGGCCAGUCGUCAGGAAAUAGCACAGGAUAAUUGCAAACAAUUAACGUGCAUGGUUGUAAAAUUGUAAAUACUGAUUCUGAUGAUGUACUAUAUAAAAGUAUUAAGCUCAACGUCGACAGUUUGAAAACGUGUGAAGGGCGUUCGUCACUGUGGUCCAGCCACUUUUCGUUUGUAGGGUUUCGAGUCACAAUAUUCCCAUUCGGAUGACCUAAAAGCACUUUUAGUGAUUUAAGCACAGUUAAUUUAAGUGACGAACGCUCACGAACGCCCUUCACACGUUUUCAAACCGUCGAUGUUGAGCUUACUUCUGUACAUCGUCGGAAUCAGUAUUUACAUCCACGUUGUCUGCAGUACCUGUGCUAUUUCUUGAUGACUGGCCAGUGAGAUCAUCUUUUGUAUUGCUGCUGAACAAGCACUGUACUUUUACGCGCAGAUUUCGAUUCAGUUCUAGACAUACUACCCGGAAAACAUCGCGGAGAACAAACGCGAUUUGAUUCAGUUUGGUUGAAUGGACUAGCGCCACGGUCAGCGUGUCAGGAAUUAACAGUUUACGCUUUCCUGAUGUUUCUACAUCUUUGGGCUGGUAAUGGUGUUGAAACUUCUCGUGUAGUACUGCAGUGUAUUAACAAAAGCCAACUUUCUCACAUAUAUUAAAUCUGAGAGCACAAUUCCGAAAGAUUGUUUUCUUUCUGAUGGUUUUUUGUGAUGGAUCAUGAACAAUUUUACUAAAAUUGCCAAAUUGCUGUUUAAUUUAAAACAACAUUUACAAAAUCUGCAAGACUGCAAUAUUGUAUUAAAUUGUAUUAUAGUUUUGAGCGGUAUUGAGUUUAAUUCGCAAUAUUGUUUGAUUGACAUGUUUACGUGCAAGCGAAUAUUUUUAGAAACAAUUAAUUAUGUUAUGACUGGGCGUGUAGUCAUGAAAGGCGGGCUUUCCUGCAGGCCCUUAAUCCUCCCCCGGAGCCCGCCAAUUCCUGCCCGCUGCAAAUCAGGCCCCCAUAAAUUUGAGGGCCUGCCACGCAGGCUACUGGAAAUAUAUUACAUUUCUCCACUUCAGCAAUAUUGUAACAUAACAUGAUAACAUAACAUAACAUAACAUAUUGUUUCCUUUUAGUCAAAUGUCAUUAGUUGUGCAUUAGUUCUGCAGUUAGUUCCCAAAGGCCAAAACAUAUGCUACAGUAUGUUUCACUACUCGCAAACUGGAAGAAGCAAUGUUGAAAAGGGGAAGAAGCAAUCUCUCGACACCAAAACAACAAAUGCACAUGCAAUGACAUCUUCAUUUUUGCCAACACCAAAUACAGGUGCAUUUUCAAGCCAUAUUAGCAUGUGAAUGUGAGGUACCCUCGCUUGCAUGUACACCAUAUAAAUUGUUGCCAUAAACAAAAAUCUGGUUCAUAAUGGGGGUGUCCCAAAUAUUAACUGAUUUAAUUUCAUAAAUAAACAAUAGAACAUAGUGACAUGGCAACACAUUGUUUUCCAGCAUUAGAUCUAAACAUUAAUUGAUCACCUUGGUGAAGUCGGCAUGAACUGUAUAAGUACGGUCAACUAUUUCAUUAAUAUUUCUAGAACCUGGAUUUUCCUCAACAUCAUUUGAAAUCUUAAUAGCAAUGGUACAUGAACAUAACAUACCAUCUGUGCAUACCACAUGCACACCUCAUUGUAUUUUUCGGUUUUAGUCACUACAUUUUUAAGACAUGGCAAGUAAAAUACAUCAUCAACAUUAAACAGUGCAUCAUCAACAUUUGAUUCCAGAUUUUACCUUUCAGUCGAGACAUUAACAUUCUUCCUUGUGUAAAAUUAUGGUGUGAACCAAUUCUUGAAGGAUAGAUCUCAAUCGCUACACCCAUAUUUUUCAGUCAAGUACAACAGUCAAGGUUGUUUUGUGUUGUGGUUUGUAAAUCGUUCACCUGUUUGUAGCAUAUGGAUCCCCAAACUGGGUUUGCUCUUUGCAAUAUACCUGCACAAAUACAUGGCAAGGUUGGUUUUGUUUAACUGCACAAUGGCAAGUUUGUUUUGAUUUUAUAUUUCAGUUUCUAUUUGAUAUGUGGACCUCAGAUCAGUGCCAGCAACAAUGGCUUCGUUCAACUUUUUGAAAUAUGUAUUUAUGUACGCAAAAAUAUGGAGCCUGAUCAAAUAUUUUUUUACCAGAGCAGACCAAAAUUGCGAUGUUUUUAAUUAGUAUUAUAAAUGAAAAUUUUCAACAACAAAUGCCUAGAGAUGGAAAAUAAUUGGCUUACCUGUAUUUGUAAUGAAAUCUUGAUGUUCUAUUCGCAUAUCUGUGGACUGUGCAUUUAUUAUUAUCAUCGCCUCAUGGCAUUAACGAUAGUUUCCGAAGUGAAGUCGAACACGCUCCGUCACAACUUCACAACUUUCACAACUUUCACAACCUUCACAACUUUUUUAGAGUGUACACAAUGGUUAGCCCGCGAACGGGCUAACCACAAAAACUUGAAUGAAUUUGCACAUAAAUUUGAUUAAUUUGACUGAAAAUUUUGAGUCACUGCAUGAGCACAAGUGCAUUAUUUUAGUCACGUUUUUGAGUGAAAAUACUCGGGGCUUUUUUGCAAUGUGCUCCCAUGACAACCAUAUAAACAAACUAAAACGUAUUAUGCUUGAAUGCAUUAGUCACCGUGCCAAGUCUCGUUGUCUGAAUUAUCUCAGAGAUACCAUGUCAAGCACAGCAAGUGACGUCGUAGCUCUACACAUAUUUUGUGAUAAGAUCGGAUUGAGAUCUGAAUAGACGUUAACGAUUAUUCAUCAUUAUUUAGGGAGCAUAUCGCAGCACAGCAAAUUGGGGAGUUCUUGUAAUGUGUGAUUGCAGAGACACGAACACGGAAUUAAUAUACCUAAAGCAACAUUUUACUUUCACCCCAUGUUAGUUUGGAUUUGUUUUUCAAAGUAUAGAUCGACAAAAGCAAAUGUACACAGCAUAGUCAACCAAGAUAUGAUCUGCAUGGAAAGCCAUGCAAAUGUUUGGAAACCCAUGCAUCUUUUUGUUCAUGUUUAUGCAAAUUUGUACCCGAUGAAGACAAUGUAUUUUUGGCAUAAUGAAAAGAACCAGGUCCAAUGGCAUGAUCACGUGGAAUCACGCACUGUACUGUGGAAGUAUUAACAAGCAACAUUUCAGACGAUUUGUGCACAGCGAAGCUAUAUCAAUAUUAAAUCGUAGCUCAAUGUAGAGACUUUGAAUUUGCCGAGUUUCCAGACCAUACCUGGAUCGACUAUGACCACAAGAGUACAAAAACACUGUCAUAUGUCCACCCUAGCCCUAGGACCUUCACUUGGUUGACUUUGGCAGGUUUGCUGAAUUUGAGGCAGCAUUUCAUGAGCUUGACGAAAUGGAACUACACCAUUUCUCGCUUCGCCCUUCCUCCGCCACGCCCACAAUGUCCUGGGUCCCAAAAUAAAAGGCACUUAGUUGCUGUGAGUUUCGAUUAGAUAUUGUUAAAAAACAAACUAAACGCCCCAAUCAGUUCUGGAUUUGAGGGCAUCUCCUGGCAGGGAAGAGUGUUACCAACUUGAACCUCUACAAUAAACUAUCCCAUAUUAUAUAACACAUCAUUAAAUUAAGGUAAUUUCAUUGGCUGAUUAUGAUCACGUGAUCAUAGAAUAAACAUUACCAUAUUGCUGAGCGUAAGGUUGUAAUCGCACUGUAGUUCAUUUAACUAUAAUUUUCAUACUGAGACCGAUGGAGUUAAAUUCAAAUAUAUAACUCGUGUGAAGCAAAAUGGCAGGUGUAAAAAUACAGUGAAAUGAAUGUAACUGGAAUGCUACCUUCAGAUACAAAAAACUGCCUAUCUUUUUCUUGAAGCCAAAUCUGACCCCCAGUCUUGCCCGUUUAAUAAGAAGAAAGAAACUAAAAGUAAAGUCUACUAGGAGGUUUACCCGAAUAAAUGCAUUAACAGAAAGUUUUUUCAGCGCUGUUAAAAAGAUUCUUUUUCUAAAUUUUAAGCAGGUUUUCAAGAAUACAUAUUCAUGUUGACGGAUUGACCGUGCUCUUCGCAUGCGUGAAAAGACUGGGUAUGGCCUUCAAGUUUGGCUUCAAAUUUCUGGUUGGAGGUAAUAUUCAUUUCAGGAAUAUUCAUUUCACUGUAAAAAUAUAAUGUUGAGUUAAAUGACCGCCAUUAUCAUAUUAAUUCUUCACCAAAACAUUUUUGGCACUUUUAUGUUGGAUUUUAAUUAUUUCUGAACAAUGCACAUGUAACUGAGGUAUGUAUGUUGUGUAUUUAAUUCACUUAAAAUUUCGAUAAAAUGAUUCAUUUUCACUAUUUUGGUGUCAUAUAAAACAAAUAAUGAAUGUUUUCAUUCGUGCAAUAGUAAAAAUAUUUUCAUUCGAUGAAAGAUAUAAUUUUCCAUUCCACUCGGCUGUCGUCUCGUGCAGAAAAAAUCCAUCUUUCACCUCAUGAAAAUAUUUUACCAUUGCACUCAUAAAUCAGUGAAGUAAGUUAUAAAUAAAAUUUAAAAAACCUUGGCACAGUGCUCAAGUUGCAUUCGGCCACUCUCAUAAUACAGAUAGACUGUUUAAAUAUUCUUCUAUAUUCUUGGCUUCACUUUUCUGAUGGGCCGAAUGAACGAAUGAGGUUCUUGCUCCAGAUAUACUGCAUAGAGACUUCUUGACCUCGCUCAAGUUCAAAAAUCCUAUUCAAUUUCAGUCACAGAAAUGAGGCAUGUAUACAUAAAAGAAUGUACAUGAAGAAGAUGUACAUAAAAGAACAUUUAAACGCAUCUGUAUUAUGACAAUGGUAAUACCACGCUCAAAUUGAACAACAUCUAAACUUUUACACCCUAGCUCGAUAAAACGUGAAAUCCUUUAUCAGCAGACAAUUUCGCAGAAGAUGAAACAAUCCGAACAUUAACAUAUUCUAAACUCAAGAUUCCAGCUAUGUAUUUAAUCAAACAAGAUAACAAAAUUCAAGGUAUAAUAUUUCGACUUUAUUUCAAAGUCAUUGUCUUGAGUUUACAACAUGUUAAUAUUCGGAGUGUGUUUCAUCAUAUAUGAAACGUGAAGAUCAAUGUAUAUUAAGAUAUUUAUAGCAGACAGCCAAUCAUCAACGUAAUUAAGUUAUUAGCUCAUCCAUAUGCAAAUUACCCAACCGAUCAAUGCAGUCGAAAUGACCUCAUUACAUUUCAAACCUUACUAUCCAAGACACAAAUUAGCAUAUUUUAAUGUAUGUUUAUUUACGUUUGUUGCUUUUCGUGAAGGAAGGCGAUAUAUGCCACGAUAGGAGAAAUAGACAGGAAACAAAACAAGUGAGCUAAAGUUGGACUAUCACAUGACAAGGUUAACAAGGCUAAGUCGUCAUUAAUUGCAGGGGGUCCGUUUAACAAGCCGUUGAAAUAUAUUCCACGAGCAGACAUUCAUUUAGAAAUUUACAAAAAUCAAUUAGUAUAAUAAUCUCUUGUUUGGGGGAUUUUAGGAUUUUGUGCAAAACAUUAUCCAGGCCAUUCUUUUUUGGGUUCAGAAACGCGGUAAAAUUUCUAAUAAAAGGUGUGAAAGUGCGCGUGGCGCUGUGAACCAAUCAUAUUCAUCGCAUUGCUUAUCACUGUGACUAUGUGUGGCAUAUGAUUAGACACGGUGUAUAUACUGCUUACGCAGAUGCUGAUAGACCAAGACCAAUACUCACAAAAAUGAAAGCGCAAUUAGAAAGCAGAUAUACACAGGAAUAUCAUGAAACAAGUUAUCCAUUUAUUCCUGCCAUUCGGGAACAGUAUGAUAACAAUACCAACACAACGUCAAGCUCUUUGGCUUCGCUUGCCAAUUUGAUAACCGAAAUGGAAAUUCAUCGAGGGAUGUGGACGAAACAGAAUCCCUUUUUGGGAGUGUAUGACACGGUGAACGCAGUCGAUAACGAGCUGGCGAGGGAAAGAUCUUUAACACCAACGGGUAAUGAAGAGAAUGUGAUAAGAAAUUCAUGUCGUUUUCAGCAAAGGACAGGUAAUCAUAGCGAGUUUUGACUUAAAACUUGCUUAAGUUGGAAAGAUUUCAUCGUGUGAUCCAAUCACAUUACCUAAAUUAGCUCAAUACAUUAAGCCCAAAAGCAAUUUCCUAUAGUACAGAAAAAGAACAAGGAAAUACUCAAACUACAAUUAAUUUAUAAGAGGUUCUUAGAUGAAUAACAACACCUUUCUUCGCCUUACGUGAGACCAUGCAACGCUUAUACAACACCUUUUAAACAGGAUUGACUUACUGAAACUUUUAACUUACAUUGUUAUUUAUUACUAUAAUCAUUUAGCAAAAUAGUGUAGUAUUGUGCAGUCGAAGAAUUCAGACUUAUGGAAGCGUUGACGUUCAGGUAUCGCAGAGUAUGCUAAUUAUAGUUAACUACCUGUGAAUGUUAGCCUGACACCCAAGAAUACAAUAAUAUCUGCAUUAUCUCUAUUAAAAUAUCCUUUUGCUACAACAGUGAAGCUUUGAUCUAGAUUUUAUGUAUCCAUAGUGAAUAUUUUUAAAGAUAUCAUUCUUGUUUCAACUGCAAGCGCACUAUCUCAGCCUACACCAUUCCUGGCGCCCUUUGAUUUAUGAUUUCCUGUCAGGGCGCUAAUGCAGAAACUACCGCGCGUCAUGUUUAGACUCGAGAACAGUUCUGUACAAGUAAAUUGUACUACGAAAUCAUGUUCCCAUGUCUGUUUGCCACAGUCAAAUAAUUUGCAUGUUUGCAAUAAAAUGUAACAACUAGGAAGAUGCUAAGCUGGUGGACAUAUUUAACCUCGAGUACAGUACAUACAGCUGAACCUAUAGUGUCUAGUUAGAAAACAGUUUUUGAUAAAUGGUUUUGUUAUAAAUACAUAUACAGUUACAUUAAGGGCUUAGAAAUAGAAUAAACGCAUAUUCCAUUUGGGUUCAAUUAAUAUAGCACGUCCAAGUCAUUUGCACAUCUAUGGACCCACUUGCAGGAUUGUGGAAAAAUUAGUUUGCAAUCAUAGCAUGUUCUACUAUAUAUAGAUAAUACAAAAUAUAUGACUUGAAAUUGUUUUGAAAGAAAACUGCUGCUUAUUUGUGCCUCGAUUUGUGCUGGCUAACAAUUUAAUUAGGAGCACAAGUGCAUUCAUACCAAAAACUUUACAUCGUCAGCUCGUUUGGCUCGGAAUCGAAUAUGCAGGUUCAAUUCUGAAUUGAGUCAAGUAAUUAUUUUAGUUUAUGUUGAGAAAAAGUAUGCUAGUUUUUCACUAUGAAUAUAUGUGCUCUGUAUAUUGAUCAUGGCCCUAAAUGAACCCCUAAGGAAUACAUGCUAUAGCUAUUUUAAAACAAUAAAUUUUCAUGAGAGGAGAACACAAAAUUUACUAAAGCAAGAACACUUUCAUCAACUUCAAUUCCCCCUCCCCAAAUCAUCUUGAAUUUAAAGACACGCCACUAGUGUUUUAGGCUGUAUCCAUCCAGUCCAUGCACAAGUACAGCUGAAAGAAAGUAUGUAAAAGUUUUAAAAAAUGGAACAUUUUCAUACCGAGUUUGGCGACGAAGAACCAUAUUAUGCAGAAUAAUUCGCCUUUUUAUGAUGUGUCAGGGUGCAUGUUAUACCUCAAUGAGCUAGAAAUGAAAUACAAAAUGUCUGAGAGUUAAAACAUAAACACAAAGACUCUGACUUCUAUAACUGGAUGAGCUAACACAAGAGAUGCAAAACUAUGUAUCACUGUUUAAAUGGGUACUGAUUCCGAUGUACAAUUUUGAUUCUCACUCCUUGUUGCAACUAAAGCCCUAACUGAUGUAAGCCCAUGUCGUAAUUCAAUUACUAGUGGUAUCCCAAACGAAGUAAGGUGAAUUUCUCCGUUAUUAAACACCGAUCCAAUAUUUUGAAUUCCUCAUGCAAUAUGGGUGCUAGAUACUGUAAGUUAAUUCCUCAAUACGACAAUCUAUUUUAACCGGGAGUUUGUCGGUGAAGUUGUCAGUGGCCAUGAGAUGCUCAAAUAUCAAUAUAGCUCGCUAUUAUAUACCAGCCUGUUUUAGUUCAUGAAGUCGGCUAAUGCAUGGUAUCAUAUACAUACAGCAAAAGUGUAGUUUCGCUUUCUUCAAGGUUUCCACUGCAGCCAUUCCAUCCAAUCAAGGAACGUGCAGGUGAGCCCACUUAUAAGGAUUCCUUCAUUGAAUGAAACAGACUGCAGUGGCAACCUUGAAUUAGGCAAAACUAUGGCUCCCCUUAUAUACAGUGUACUGCUACACCCAAAUAUAUCUUCCUACUUUUAUCAUAAUUUUACUACGCUAUAAUACAAAUAAGCUAUAGACAUUACAAUUGCUAGAAAGAGCAGCCGAACAAGCAAAAUGAACACAAUGCACCUUGAAAUCCAUGAACAUGCUGCACAUGUAGUUUUCUGAGAACCAAGUGCUGACCAAUAUAUGGGCAAUACUAUAUAUAAUGUAUGAAAAUUCAUGGAAAUAAAUGUCAUGUAUACACAUGGUAUUUAAAGGUGUAUAAAGUCUUGCUGCAUGUAUGCCAUCUGCUUUGCUAUAUCAGUAUAUGUGCAUGCCAUGCAUGAAUAAUAAUGACUAUUUUGUAUUCACCACUAGAUAUCAUUCCCUGGAGCGUGAAACAGCCAUACAAGAAACGAACACGAGAAAUCUACCACAGCCAACAGACCCUGGAGUUGGAAAAGGAAUUUCACUACACACGUUACUUGACAAAAGAAAGAAGAGCAGAACUGUCAAACUCACUCGAUUUGUCAGAAAGACAGAUUAAAAUUUGGUUCCAAAAUCGUCGUAUGAAAUGGAAGAAGGAAAAGAAACCGGUCAUCCCAAAUAAACGACGAGUUCGCUUGAGCAGGAAGAAGAGCACGCAAAUAUAUGAGACUAGCAGAUUCACCAAUCACUGAGAAUUGAUGUAAAUAUAACCAUAAUCUGAAUGUUGCAGUAUGGGACAUUCAGUCCAAAAUGUUCGACAAGAACAAUUAAUCAGGAAGUUAUAAACGUUUAGAUUUACUUUGUAUUAUAUUAUAGAAAACUAUGAACUAAAAGUUAAGUUUAAAAAUAGAAACAGUAUGAAAUCUGCAUGCAUGAAAGUAGGACGGUAACCUGUGUCAUGAACUAUAAAAUAUUAAAUAGUAUGAUAGUCAAUGCCUUCAUUUUCUUUCAGUUGUGAAGAUAUCAAUAGGGUUUGGACCUUUGGGUACUGACGUUCAGUUGAUCGCAUUAAAAUAUCUUAUCGAGUUUAUAGGUGGGUUAGGCAAUAUAGCAAGAGAUCAUAAACUUUUGGAAUAACUACCAAAACAACUGGAAUGUGAUAACACCAAUAGAACUACAAACAACUACAAAUGAUAUAUCUACAACAUUUGAGUUGACUCGUUCAUACGUUGUGAGAGUUGAUUAUAUAGAGAAUAAUACAUGGGUGCGCGGAAAUACCAGAUUUCAGUUCGAGUGUUGAACAUGGUAUCUCACGAGUGAGCGCAGCGAACGAGUGAGAUAUCAUGUUCAACACGAGAAAUAAAUCUGGUAUUUCCAAGCACCCAUGUAUUUUUCUGUUUAUUAUAAUUUAAAGGACAGUCUUUGAAAAGCGAUAAUUUUUACAGAAAAGCGAUAAUUGAAAAGCGAUAAUUUUCACAUGUGAGAUUAUCAUGAAUAAUCUCACAUGUGAGAUUAUCACUUUUAUCAGUGCUCGAAAUCUCUAUAAAGCACUAUACUUUAUAUAAUAAAUAUUGAUUAUAAAUUGAUUAUAUACCUGUAUAUGACUGUAGUAAAUUAUCUGACCAUUUUGAAAAACUGUAAGAAUUACUACUUAUUAUAAGGCACCAUGUAUAAUUAGUUACAUACAGUUUCACGAAAGUUGUACUGUACACUUUAUAGACUGGUAGAAUAUAAUUAAGUGGAUUACAGUUUUGAGUCCAUAAAAAAUUUAUUCCUAUGCAUUUACUAUACUAUACUAUAAUAUUUUUAUUUAAGAAUAAUGCAGUGCUUCUAAUUCGUGUUCUCAGGCAGCAUAGUUGAAAUAUGUAAGAGCGAUGUUCUUGUAAGGUUUAAUGUGAUCUGGUCAGUCGAUACCUGUAGAACACUGUCAAUGAUUGUUGCUGCUUUUCCUCAUAAUUUCUUUGUACUACUAAUAAUACGAACAACACUAACUCCUUUUGCAAAUGAAAACUGUAGAACUAGUUCAUACUCGCAGCCACGCCUGCGCCUGAUCAAGGUUUGACGUACAUGCAGGAACACGCUCUUAUAUGAACCUAUAUUGCUGCAUGUCAGUAAAAAGAAGCAUGUACACAGGUAAUGAAAUGAUGGAUUAUGUAGCGGGCUAUUCUAUAGAAGAAUAGAGUUCUGCAUGCUGAAAAUGUUUAUAUUGCUUUUCCGCCUUGGACCUCGACUAUAAAUAUAUGGAGUUCAAUACAUACAUGUUUUGCUAAUUUGAACAUUUUAAUUCCACAUCCAAAAUCUAUUUGUAUCAAUUUAAAAGAAAUGGUAUACCGGCCAAACGUACUUUCAUUCAAGAAAGCAUGCCAUUUAGUUUUCCUUGAAAUUAUGCGCUACAUUUCCAAAAAGCUACCAUUUCCACGAACGAAAUAACAUUUUUACAUGUAAAAUAAUAUGAAUCUUCAUAUUAUUUUACAUGUAAAUAAUAAUGUUUCUGAAAUGUACAUUAUAUAUGCAACAUACAUUUAUAGUAUAAUACAUAAGCGUCUCGUAUGUGAAAUUCCAUUGCUGCAAUAGUAUACAGUAUACUACGAAUGUCUGAAAUUUUUAAAGGUGGAUAAUUUUCAUGAGAACACAAACAGACACCUAUUUUUGAGCAUGCACAUAAAUUAUAAGAAAAAAUUAAAACUAAAUUAUUAUAUAGAAUAUUAAAGAAGUUAGCAACAUAAAAAGACUGGCACGAAAAGCGUUUUACUGGACUGAACUGCGCUGUUUUAAAACCCAUAUGACAUACCAAUAUUUUUAAUAAUAAUCAUUCCUUCCUUUUGGUGGGUACAUAAACCCACAGCCUGAAAUUAACUGCGUCAUGUUUCGAACUAUAAAGUUUAUGUCAACAUUCAUAUAGCUAAUGUACUCAAAACUGUAGUCUCUAUCAUUAAACGUUGAAUAAUUUAUUUACUGAAAAUCGUAUGCCUAACAUCAUAUCUGUGCAGGCUAUACCUAUAGACUAGUAAUUUUCAAUAAUAUAAUUUCUGUUUCGGCACUUCAGCUAUGAGAACUGUAAUAUGAGCCAAUUAAAUUAUGUUUAAGAACUAAAAUAGAACAUUUGUCUUUAGGUGGCCUAGCAGGUGCUCGACAACAUUGCACUUGUAAUCCUAAAGUACUUAGUGUUUGGAACGAAAACUGCAACAUUAAAUAUGAAAUUUAAUACGUCCUGUGCAGUGUAUACACUUGCUAUAGUACAAAUUAUAUAGAUUUGUACACAACUGUCUGUGGUGUUUGGGAUAGCAGAGUCAGAGAUCCUAGGAACAACACCACAUUUCGCACCUUCUUAACACGUAGCUAGUCAGACAGUCUUACGGAAGCUCCUCACAUCACCCCAACCUGAAAUAGCGCGCACUCAAAAAUUUGCGCCAGUCUUUAUGUCUACAUAAAACCAGAGAAACUCACUUUGUCUCAUGCAUAUUCGCGCACUGCCGUCAUUGCCAGGCGACAAACUUAAGAAAACAACAAGAAUGUGUCAAAAGUUUCAUUUAAAGCAUUAGGCUUCACGACUACCUGAACAUGCAAUGUAUAUAUGGACUAAAGUCAGAGUGUAGACACAUUCCAAACGUCGUUUUCGUUUGUUUUUGUUCAAAACGGAACUGAACUAUUAUACUUUAUAACAACGUAUCAAAUUUGGUCUGAUAAAUCCACCAUAGAUGAAUGAUUUGUAUAUUAUUUCGUAAAUUGUAAAUUAUCAUAAUUAUGAGGAGAGAAUUAAGACUCGGCUUAAGACGAUUAUACGCUGUUCCUUUUCGUUACAGCGAAAUUGCAUGGAGUAUUAUACUUAUCAAUAGUGCAUGAAGCUUGAAUGGGUUUAGGUUCCAGUAUGCUCGCCAAUAUGUUCACAGAUCGAAGAACCAUUUAUAAAUCGUUAAUUUCGAAGUAAAUUAAAACGAUUGAAAGAAAUUAUUCUAUGCUCACGAACAUGCUCGACGGUGCAUUCCUAUAUCAGGAGCUGAACAUGUAAUGAUUCAGCUAUAUACAAAAAAAUGUGAUCGGUUAAUCAAAAUAUAUAAACUUUCCUAAAAAGAACUCAAUCAGCUAAUUUGUAAAUCCCAAAGAUCGGGGAUAAGUUUUUUUAACAUUUUCACUUUAUAAGGAUAGGUCAGAGAAUAAUCCGUUCAUAUAUAGCAAACAUACAGCCCCAGCUAGUGCGAUACCGAUAAGCAUACAUACACAUUUUUAAUUGUAACUAUAAACAGUGACUGAAUUUAUCCACAAAAAUAUCACUAAUGGCUAUUUAACAUGCAGUAUAUACCGUAUAGAUUCAGUGUUCACGCAAACUUUUAGCUGACCAUUGACCUACAUGUAAAAUGUAAAUGCGUACAUAAUUUUUAAAAUAUUUUCGGCUUAAGUCGGACAUAUAAGAACUUAGAUAUUUAGCUAACUCGGUUUUCAGAAAAAAAAAUUCAACCAUAUACUGUCGUCUUGAAGGCCCUUCAUGCAAGCAGGUUCAUUAAAAUUUGCGCAACGGCCAUACCAAUUAUGCAUAGUUUCCGUUGAUCGAGUUAAUUUUGAACAUAUACACACUUUAAGUAACCGAAAACAUCUUUUGUUUUCAUCGUAUUAUCAAGUGCGCGAUCGCAGAAAAAACAUCAAUAAUGCUCCUUUAACAAAUAGAAAUGCAAUACAUACUAAUUGCGUCUGUUCUUUUACGUCUCUUAUUGUUCUUAGUGAAUGGCUAAUAUUUAAAUUGCCGGUUUGCGCAUUUAGGGCGAUGCUAGUCGCGGAAUCAAUGCGCUCGAAAAAUAUCCAUAUAAAAAACCGACAAGUACCUUGUAAUUGACUUAAUCCAUCCUUCACUAAAACCCUGAUUUUGAAUUUUUCCAUUAUUUACAUGACCCAAGAUAGGUUUAACAGAAGUUCCAGCGUAUACUCAUAUAUAUACAUAUAUCUGAAUUAGUUGUGCCUCCUGUUCAGUGUUUUGCGCACUAAAUUUAGUCUGGGAGAUUGCGUCGGUUUUAUUUUACAGGUCAAUCGAACGGCUAACAGUAAAUCAUUUAAAAAGACUACAGAUGUUGGGAUAUGUGUCAGCAAGGGUUAUUUUUUCUUCCAAAAUCUGGAACGCAUUUCUCAUGCUAUCAUGGGCAAAAACAAGUAUCAUAAAUCAUAGCUAUGGCGACAGACCGCACAGCUCGUGACAUAACUGUCAAAAAUGAGAUAUGACCCUCUUUUUCGCAACUGAAACGCACGUUCCUCGGUGCCACAGAACCUUGCACUUGCUGCAUUCCACUGUCAAAUUUGAUUUAUGCUUCUCCGCAGCGGAACGAAAAUCAUUUUUGUACAUUAGCGAUUUCAGACUGGCGGUCUAUAUGCUCAGGCCACGCAAUACAUAAUUUUACCUGAAUUUUACAAAAUCUAACCAGUUCGAUCUAUGGGAACAUAUAUAAGCAACAAAAUAACUAUAGUAUAUUCAAAAUAUAAACUAAUGGCUUCACAUGUGUUAUAUUGAUUUUUUCAUCAAUUAUGACGUAAUUGACCUAUAUGGGUGGAGACUGUUUCAAUGUUUAACGAAUACACUGCCAAACUCCUUGCAAAACUAUGACAAAAUAUAUGCAUAUUUAGUUACAUUAAGAUGCUCGUUGUUGCUGUAGUACGAUGUUAAAAGAACAAAAGGUGUGGCCGAAGCGAUUUAAAUCGUCGUUGGCGCCACAAGUCGCGUUAAUGUUAACAGUUUUUACACGUUUUCCACACUUAUAGAUCUGCGCAAGCCCAACGUCUGUUCCAACUUAUCCAAGAAUACAACACAGAAUGUUUUUCCUACAUAUUAUUUAGUACAAUGUACAUUUAUACGAUAUGUAAGUGUUUAUAUGACAUGACCAAAGAGGAACUGAAUAUUUUGGGGGCUAAAUAUAUCCUCAAAAUCAGUUUAUGGACCAAUCAUUUCUAAGACAUCUUGUCGGGAAUGAUAUAGAACUCAGACAACAGCGAUAAAUCUAGAGGCUUGAAAAUGGAUCUGUCAUUGUAGAUUACGGCAAAUAGAGGACAGCAAUAGGGCCAUAAAUCUUCCAAACUGGCCGGAGACGCAGGAAUUCUCGUCGCCGAUUGGUCGAAAACGGUCACGUGGACUGGGAUUGCAAUUAACGCACCGUUUCUACUGACAGUUUGGUUUCAUGUGUCGUAGUUGAAAUAAAUCAUAAAACGCCAACGAUGAACAACGUUAACUUUCUCAGUAAUUCAUACUUUCAUUCCAAUGUCGACCCGGUGCAUUCUUCACAGCAUGUCGACACUGCUUUAACAAGGAACGCAUGUAGCUCAAUACAACCGAUCAUUCCAUUUUUACCCUCCAAUGGAUACACGGUCCCAAACCUUUGGUCGUUUUCGACGACAACGCUACCAAGUCAUGGAACGGCGAGUCAGGAAAACAGAGGCAAUGAACAAGCGACGUCUAUGGCGAACCCACAACCAGUUUAUUCAUGGAUGAAGAAAAAACGAGGAAAGACUGGAAAAGAGGACGAGAAUAAUGAAGGUACGAGAGCCGCUCCCAACACGAAAUUAGUUUCAAAAUGCUUUUGGUUUUAAACAGAUUUCUCGCUGUAUACUCUUGCCAUAUAAUCAUGUUAGCCACGUUGUUUAUUAACACAGUGUAUUCGAAGUAAACGAAAGACUAUAAUUGCGAUAGGUUAAAUUCAUGACUGAAAACGAUUUAAUAUUACUCAGCAUCUAAAUUGCGCACGACAAAAGCCUGAGUAACAGACAUAGAAGUGUCAACUAGCUUUUAUUCGAUUUAAAUAUGCAUGAGAAUAGCUUCUCGAGUGUAUGAUGUUUGUUUUAGAGGCAAACUAACACCAAAAAGUGAAAAUUUCGCUUGGUGUUUGGGCUGUGAGUGCCUUCAUUGUUUUCAUUUCCUCUUCAAGUACUCGCGAGAAGAACAUUAACAUUUAUAUCGUUCGCCCAAAUCCUUCCCCAGCGCCAUUUUGGUCGCGAGUCUACACAUCAUAUCCGAAUUUCGAUAGUUUGUUUUCAGUUGGGUUUAUAUAUAGGGUGCGUUUUCAGGCGCGCGCGCGAACAAUGGCUCUUUCGCUUAAACAGAUUUGCCAUUGGGCAAUUUCCUUGGUUGGUGUAAAAAUUCACCCGUCUAUGACACAUUGCUGUUGUUGAAUUACCUGUGGCGCGUUUAGCAACUUCGCUAAUCCAUCACACAAAGCGCUGUAGAUUAUUGAUUCAGACAAAUUGGAUAUUUACAUUUGUUAAGCCAAUGUGAAAAUAAGGCUGUAAUGUAAACUAAGAAAAAUUCGCAUUAUUGAGAAUGUUGUAUGAGUUAGUAAAAAGUGGCUAGAUACCCGAUAAUACUGUAAGACCGAGUUUUCGUUUGAGGAAAAGGACUGUUCGAUCUACCACAAAUAAUAUAUCAUUUUACAUUUACCACUAAAAUACUCACACAAGAGCUUGUUCCGUUCCACUUAAGAUGAUCCGUAACAUAUCAAUACUAUGUUGUAUAUUAUCAAAAUAUAUUUCCUGUUUUUGGAAACCAUAUUUAAAGUUUAACUUACUGUGAGUGAAGGAAACGCAUAUAUAAUGUACAUUUGUACGAGCAUCAUAAAGAAUAAAAAGCUUUCUAAAUUUGCUCAGACCGACAAGGACAGAUAUAUUUAUAAUUGGCUUAUAUAUAUGCAAAAAAUAGAGGAAGGAUUGGCUCACUAAUACACCGUUGUAUAAGACUUUUUAUGAAAGUGAGAAAAGUGACUGUCCCGUAAGCUUUCGUUCAAUAGCGAUGGACGCAAGUAGCUAUACAUGAAAAAUCAAAACAAAGUAUACGCUCUAAUACUACGGAAGGGUUAUAGACAUUGUGUAAGCAAAAAUUCCAAAAGAACAACGGCUACCCCUGGCAAAAGAUUUUUCAGUAUUGUGUUCGUAUAGCUGUUUAUUUGUUAUCUCGCUUAGUUGUCGAUACUGGAAGCAUAUAGUGUAGGAAUUUGCGCUUUAUUAGGCUAUUAUAUACUCUUGGUUAGAAUUGACUGCUGAUUUCAUAUAGGCUAUAAGCCAGCACAUUUGAUGAUAAUAUUCAAUGACCAUAUUGAACAUUUCGUUUUUUAUGUAGGCUAUAAUACGGAAGUAAUGCCUGGAUUUGAAUAUACUUCUUUCAUUUUGGUUGUUAAAGUAACGCGCGCACCUUUUUAUAAACAAUAUACGGAAUGGCAAGACAUGUUGUUACAUAACUUACACUCUGCCCAAACCUAGCUAUAUACAUGACUGGGUUUGAAUGUAAGAAUCAGUUUAUAUAGAUAAAAGCUAUAGUGUGCAAUUUCUUAGAUGCAACUGAUUUACAGUGACAGAAAAGAGAAAUUUAGUGUGCCGAUUCAAUUGAAUGAAAUUCGCAUUCAGAAUUGGGAAAUAUCAGCCGAUAUUUCGAAGUAGCUACAACGAGCAAUAAUAUUAGGGCAAUAUAGCCAUAGUCAUAUGGGCAUGCAGUUCAAUAAAGGUGUCAGUAUAAAGAUUUCUUGAAAUCAUAUAAUCUGAGCAGGACAAUUGACAAUUGCAUGCAUGUAUUCAUAUGAAACGUGGAUUCUCAACAUAUCGGCUCAUUUUUUAAAUAUAUAAUAUGUUAGUUCAUGUAUGAUGUUACUACUCUUUUGACCAAAUGAAUGGCGAGGAAAAUACUAUUCAAUAACCAAAAUCUAUGAUUAUGUUUUUGGCAUAUCCAAGAAGUAAGCUUUCAUGCUGACUAAGGCAUAAAUAGCUAGCUCGGUUAUAUAUUAUUACAUCAAUUUCCAAUAUAAUCCACUUUUUAAAAUUUGACUGAAAUCUUGGUUUGAAGGUUCUUCAUCAGUCAAAUAUUCGAUCCAAUGCAGUGUUAAGUUAUUCUUACUGAAAAUAUCUAAUAGCAUAUAUAGGGCCUAAUGCUCAACUUAAUGUGACAGAAAUCAUUUGGGAUACAAAAAUAUGCAGCUAUACUGUAUAGUACUACAUAGUACAGGGAAAAGUGUUGGGGAUUAGACCUGCUUAAAGUGACAAAUACAUGUUUACAUGAAGGAUUAACACUUGUAUAUCCCUUAGCUAUUCAAUUUGUAAAACAACGAUAUAUUGUCGGUUUUAUAUAAACAGUUAUUAAUCGUGGCUCAUUUCAAUACGAUUUAGAGUAAAUACAGUAUAGCAACGAAUUUGUAUUAGGCCUAUGCCGUGGCCACAAAUAAUGAACAAUUGAAAUCCCAUGCAUGAUUUGCAUUUCCAAAACCAAAUUAGAAUCCGAGCACGCUUAUAAUUAUAAAGAAUACUAAUAAGGCAGUAUAUCUGUUGAAUUUCCGGUAGUCGUGACUCGUGUUUGAUGCCGUUUAAAAUUCGAGGUUUAAUUAAUAAACUCGCAGGUCGUGUUACUAAACAGUACUUAAUAUACUCUGUCUCUGUUCGUGGUAAAAAUCAACAAUUAAAUACUGGAUCCAGUUUGAAUCUGAUUUGAUGCAGUGUUGGUAUAAUCUUAGUGACUUAAUAGGCAAUUCCAGCUUUUAGAUUAUGCGUGGGGGGGGGGGGAGUAAGGCAUCAUCAUUGCCGAUCAUGCUGAAAAAAAUAAAAAAGGUGGCCGUGUAAACACUGAGUGAUAACUUAUACCAAGUGCUUAUACUUGUAAAUAUUGAAGUUUCGUCAGUUUUAAUUUUCAAUUGAAUUUUUUCUGCAUAAUCAGCACCUUACUUCCUAUCACCCCCUGCGCGCAUAAAUUAAAAGCUGGAAUUGCUAUUAGGCCUGAAAUUAUUAAGAUAAUUUAAUUUAAGAUAUUAAUUCGGCCGAAUUAAGGAAAGAUAUCGUUUGAAACGCUUUUCGGAGGGUCAAAGAAAUACUUUUUGGCUAUAUAUCACGAAGACACGGGGAAACCGUUGUCUUGAAAAUAUGCUAUUAUGGCCUAUUAGGUGUAUAUAAAAUGAGUUACAACGGCUGAACAGCAUUGAGAGGACGUUAGUGAAUAAUUAUAAUAAUUGACACAUGUGAGUUAACAUUUAACAUUUUAGCCUAAAUAAAAAGCAAUGUGUUAUGAUUGAAUGACGGGUCACUAAGCACCCAUGCACCGACUGAAGGGAAAUGGAGCUUAUCCUAUAAUUCUUCUGACGAGAAUAAUUCAAGAUUAAAACUCCAAAUAUUAUGCGACCCAAUAACAAUCAUGUACUGGACAAUUACCGUAAACAUAGGUACUGUACAAGUUGGAAAUCUUUAUCUAGAGCUUAAAAGGUUUGCCUUAUUUGAAUGAACUCCUUUACUUACCGACUUUUCUGAUAUCUUGCUUAGUUCUUGAAAUAUUUCGACUGGCAACAAUAGACUGUCCGCCAUCUUGGAUUAAUUUUUAUCUCAUUGACGGGAGUUUUGGUGACCGUCAAAAGCAGGGUUAGCCAAAUAAAACUACUCUUGUGACCAUAUAACAAUUAGUAGGUUCAUCAGUAAAACGCUGUCAUUCAAAUUUUAAUUUCAAAUAAUGACCGAAGUAUAGUUUUGCACUCAUAAUGACAAUUCUGGGUAAAAUAUUUGCGUGACGUACUCUGUUUUGGCGUAACAUGUAUAUCCACCGUAAUUCAAGAUGGCGGACAGGUCACUAACUUGUGAUGAUUCUAAUGAAAAUAUUUUGAGAACGAAACAACAUUUGAAGAAUCUGUAAGAAAGCUUUCCACAUAAUUUUAAAAUUUCUUUCAAAUGAGACAAACUAAAUUUUUAUUAGUGCCAUAUCCCUUUAGAGUAUCCCUUUAGAGUAUCCAUGCUUCAGAAAGAAAAAAUAAUUGAAUAUUGAUAUUUUGUCUUUCAGAUCCCGAACCUUUCGUCGAUUCUUCGCGUAAAAGAAAGGCGUACAGCAACGCUCAGAUUUUAGAGUUAGAAAAGGAGUUUCAUUUCAACCGUUAUCUUUGCCGACCAAGACGAAUCGAGAUUGCAAACUCAUUGAAGUUAUCAGAGCGACAAGUGAAAGUUUGGUUCCAGAAUCGAAGAAUGAAACUGAAGAAAGACGAGAGAGUGAAGGAAGAAAAAGAAGAAUUACACAAAACGAAUUCUUUUAUAUAUCCACAAGGACUUGCAGGUCACGAUAAUGGAGCUUCAUUGAUGAAGCAGUUUUCAAAUUUCCCGCCCUUUACGGUUGGUUUUGCAUAUCCUUCAGUGCGGUGAUCUAGAGAUGGUUUAUGACUUGUCUUAAAGAUGGUAGGAUAGAAUCAUGAAAAAGACAAUAAUGCAAGAACACCACUCUUAUUUAUUUUCUAAAGUUAAGUUCGUUUAUAGAUUUGCCGGCCACCCAUUGUGGUGUUAUGAUUGUGAACUGAAUAUGUACAUUUUAUUGACAGACUGUUUAUAGUCGGCCGGCCAAGGUGGCAAAAAGUGCCUCUAAAGAGAGUUCGAUGGCAACUUUAUGUUAGAAGCUGGUAACAGGCAUUUUCUUAUAGUUCAAGCCUUGGUGAAUAAGACUCUGUGUGUUACCACUUCUGAUUUAUGAUCGGAAACAAUGUAAAAUUCCAUGUUCUCUUAUACGAAAAAUAAACUAUACCACUAGAAAGAGCGUAAAAACUAUAUAUAAGACAAUUAAGUGAGUUCUACGUUUUUCCAAUCCUAUUUCGAGUUUUUAAUGUUAAAAAAUGCAGAAAUGACCAAAUUAAUGCUAAUUAGUACCCAUUUUUCCAACUUCAACCAUCUUUAAUUCAAAAUCGGCUUGAAAAUCGCACUAGUCGCUUAAUUAUCUUAUAUAUAGUUUUUUGCGCUCUUUCUAGUGGUAUAGUUUAUUUUUUGUAUAAGAGAACAUGAAAUUUUACAUUUUUUGCCAUCAUAUAGUAAUUUAAUAGGCAAAAUUUUAAAAUUCUCAAUUUUUUGGCUAUAAAGCAAAAAUCAGAAGUGGUAACACAUAUAGUCUUGUUCACCAAGACUUGAACUAUAAGAAAAUGCCCGUUACCAACUUCUAACAUAAAGUUGCCAUCCAGUUGUACAAAUUGAUGACUUGGCCGGCCGUCUAUUAGUAAAGAUGAGUGGCAAUGAACUCAAAAAGACCUAAAAUUCACAUAGAUAUAUUCCCUUAAAGUUUCAGAAAAAACCGUAAGAAAAAAUAUAAAGUCAUAGAUUCGGACCACUUUCACAUUUCGUUUCCCAUAAUGUGAGAAAAACGCGUCCCAUUCUACCGGAUUAUUACAGGUAGACAAUUGAUACUCAAAAGUCGACUACGGUACAUUAUUUAUUAGCAAAUUGAGUAGCCUACUUAAUAGUGCAGGGACACUAACCACUGAGCUCCACCUAUCUAUAACUAACCUGCUCCCAGUCCGAAACAAAGAGGAACAAACUCGGGCUGCGAGCAGGCUAGCUCCGUUGGAUAUAGCAAUAUUUUAUGCCGUGGUAUUACAGGAAUUGUGAUGGCAAUCUCUAUUUGGCUAGAAGAUAAUAUUGUUCAUUUGUUCCAGGUCUUUCUCAGUUCAUUUACCAAUCAUAAACUGCAUGCUACUAUAUUCCAAGUGUUUAACAUAGAUUGAACCAGCUUUAGAUACUAAUCCCAUAGGCAAUGACAACAGCUGAUCAGCAUUUCCCAGGUUAAACAUUUUUGAAAUUCCCAUAUUGAACCUGCGAUCAUAUAGUUUAUUAUAUACGCAUAUAUUGAGUUGAAUAUUAAUUCCAACGGAUUAUUUAUUUCAUAAUAUGGGCUCUUACUUUGUACAUAGUGUUAUUUGUUUAUAACUAUACGAAAUUAAAUAUUCCUUCUUAUUUCAUACUGUUCUGUUUAUAGCUAGAAGUAGUAAUUAAUUUGGCGGGUUAUAUAUAGUUAAUCAGGCAUAUAAGCAAGAUUCAAAAUGGCCUCCAUCAAAAUUUAUACCAUAAUCAUCAAGCUAAAAAUCGAUUUCAUUAUAUCAAAUUCACUUUUAUCCAUGUUAUAGAUGUCAGGGUUAUUUAAAUUGACAAUUGAGCAGAGAUUCAAAGUGCUGCUCAUGCGAAGUUUCACGCCAUUGUUGGAUGAUUAAUUGCAUUGUGCGGAGCAAAAUUCAAAAUGACCAAAUAUGCAGACUAUGUUGCUAAACUCUCUUACCUUGUUUUGUUCUUGAGAUAUUUAACAAUUUUGUUAUGCAAAUAAUCCUGACUAUGACGUCACAUUGCAUAAUGACUUUCUGAUAUCCCAAUAUUUUGAAGUUUUGCAGAAAGUCAUUAUGCAAUGUGACGUCAUAGCGAGGAUAUUUUGCUUAUCAAACAUAUUGUUAAACAUCUCUUUAAAGUUUUUUUUAUGUUGUUACCUUGUAAAUAAACAGCAUACAAAUUGAUUAUGAUUAAACACUUAAUUUAACGUCUUUCAUGGCAAAUCCAGCAGCCCAGAUGCUGAAAUUAUAUGCUUUAUAGCAUCAUAAGUUUAUAUGCUUUAUAGCAUCAAAAGUUUGUAUUGUUUUGGCAUUUGCCCUUCGCUCGUUUAAAAAUUCAAGCGACAGUAAAAGUACAGAAUAGAUACUAGACCAAAAGGGUCACUCCUAUGUGUUUUGGCUGGGAAAAACGUCCGAAACAUGCUAUAACGCCAUCCUGGAAUGCACACGGCACUUUGUACCUAUGUUUGUACCUAUGAAAAACUUCCGUAUGCACUCCAGGAUGGCGUCAUAUGAUGGCGUAUUUUCACGUCAGCACUCGUAAAAUUUCGGACGAAAUAUCGUCUGAGUGACACUUAUGGUCUAGUAUCUAUCUAGUAUCUACUGUGGUAAAAGCAUGCAUGCGCGUGACGUCACUGAGUACAUGUUAGGAGAAUUCCAACGUCGAUCUUACUAUGUAAUAUCUUCUAUAUUAUAAACACAAUAGAAAAACUAGUCUCGUGAAGCGUGUACUAGUCUCGUGAAGCGUAAAGCGACCACUUGGCUACGCCUCGUGUUUUACACGCUUCUCUCGUAUUCUCUCAAUAUCCCCCGCGCGCAUUAUCACACCUUAAAAACUCAUUAAUAAUUCAUAACGAAAAGACAAAGGAAAUCACUACCAUGUUGGUGGUUUUAUAUCUGAUAAAAUCAUAAAAAAUCAUGUAAACUUUAGCUUUUGACUUUCUCGACAUAGAGAACGUCUAAUUGCUCACUAGACUAUUUGGGUAUUUACUUUCUAGCCGCUUUUUCCUGACCUACCUUGUUAAUUUCCUCUUUAAUUUAAUUGAAGAGACUCAUGAAUUGAAGUGAAAUACCUGGAGAAAACCCACAAUUUCCUGUAAAGCCCUGACUAACUAUUUUUACGUAAGAAUUUACGAAUGUGUUAUCGAAACCUCGCAGUGAAAAAUGUAUAAUUUUGGUUAUCAAAUUCCCAUUUUGGUACAAAUAAUUCCAACGAGUCUCCAAAGCCACUGUCAAUAAAUUUUGUCUGUUCACCUUGAAAUUUAAAACUCUAUAGUUUAGACCUUUUACACAAUCCGGAAACCGCAUCAUUGACUUCUAUUUGAACUUUCUUAUACUAAGCCAACACUUUAUUGUUACUUCCUUAGAUUUGGAAUAAAUCUUUAUCGCUGUAUAUAAAUCGCAGGAAAAUAGUUAUUAUGGUUACUUGUACAUAUAGUGUUAUAAUCUUUAGUUAUGAGACAAGUACUGAAACUUAAAUUUUCAGUAAUCACAGUAAUCCCAUAAUACUUCCGCGAGGGCGUUUGUUUCCGUGUCAGGAAUAUAUAAUAACGUGCAUGUAUGCAUGCAUUGUUAAACUUAAACACAAGUAAUUAGAGCUGUUUCAUAAAUGCAGUGCAUGGUCAUUUAAAAAAAUGCGAAUAUCCCUUAAUUCGACAAGUAAAAUCGUGUGUUGUCAGAUGUAAAAAAUUCUGGUGUUUUAGAGACAGAAAUAUUAAUGAUUACGGGGCACUAUGAGGGUGCAUUGUAGUAUUAUACAAAAAUAAAUAACACAAUUUUAAAAAUGUAUUGCAUGGAUAUGUAGAGAUUUAUUUUUUGCCAGUGGUUCUGAAAGGUUAUCAGAAGUGGGGCCUUAAAUAGGGGCUGGGGCUACAUAAAUGUUAAAUAGAGUCAUCACUAGGCAAUUGUACAUUUGAAUAUUUCAUAGUAUUACCGAAUUUACUAUUAUUUAGCUAUAUCAGUGAACAUUAUGUGGACACGGUAUUACCAGUGAACGCUGUAUAUAGAACGUAUAUGUGUUCAUGAUCAUAUUUCGCUACAGAUUUACAAAGAAUAAUUUAAAUAAUAGAAUAUGGGGCUAGUAGAGCGUGGGGGCUUACUUGAUUUUCAGCUUCUGGACGGGGACUAAUUAGAAGGGGGAAUAAAACAGGCUGAGGCUAAAUAUAGGGGAAAUACGGUACAUCAUAUACCUCAUGCCUCAGAUGCUUCAGUUAAGGAGACAACUAUAGCUGAAAACACAGAAAAAUAUCAACGUCUGGAUUACUGGAAGUUACUGUAAUUAUCAAAUGAAUUACACCCGUUUUCAAAAUUAUGCGACCUCCCUGAAAAAUACUCCUACUUCAAAUGUCAGUUUUAUGUCACAAGAACUGCUAAAAAUAGCAAACGUAAACAAACUGUCUAAAGACAUUUUAAACCGUAUUUAUAAUACCAAAACUGAACAAAAAUGAGUCAGAUAACUUAGAUAUACAAACUAAAGCACAAUACAAACCAUCCCAACAUAAAUAUGUGCCGUGAAUGACUUUUAAAGUUUGAAAAAUAACAAUUUAUCCUGGAAUAUAGCUGUCAGUAUAAAACACGCGCGCUAGACUAUAACGGUGAUGUUAUGAUUUUGUCGUGCUUAAAUUUUACAAUAAUUCUCACUAAAAUAUCUUGAAAAUCAUUGUAAGUCUGUUUUUAUAAAGCAUACAAAGCAUAUACAUCGAAAAGGAACCGCAAAACUCAAAGUUUGAACUUCGUGAUCGAAUGACAUAAAACUGACAUGUCAACUCUAGCAUUUUCGUCUUUGGUCGCGUAAUUUUGAAAACGGGUGUAAAGGCCUUCGUUCGAACCAUCACGGUGUUAAAGUGUUUUCUUUAAAAUCCUUUUAACGAAGACAGUUGCUGUUGAACAGAUCGCCUACACUAUAGGCUCCACAUUCCGUGGCGCCGCCAAGCAGGAGAAAGGAUGGCGGCCGCCACAACCCAGUGUUUUUCAGAGCGUGAUUUUAGAUUCGAUCUCAAACUCAUUAAUUAAUAUAAUUCAUGAAACGCCAAAAUCCUGCCCGCUGCAAAUCAGACCCCCCCUAAAAUUGAGGGCCUGCCACGCAGGCUAAUCAGCGAACGGUAUUGCUUUAUUUUGCUCACAUGAUAAUACUAGGGCGCUUUCCAUUAACACGACCAGACCGGUCAGAACGGUCAAAUUGUUGAAUGAAACACAAAACAUUUGGGCUUCGGACCUAUCUGACCGGAAAUUUUAGAUAACAUUAGAAUGAGGUCCAUUUUCGCUAGAUAUUUGAGAAACAUAGACCAGAUCUUUCCAUUGAUACAGAGUAAAGAAUUCGGGUCUGACCGGUCAGGCAAUUGAAAGGAAAGCGCCCCUAGACACCUGGUGAAGUAUACUGAUCCAGUCCUAGGACUGGAUCAAAAUUAAUUCAGUCCUUGGAUUAGAUCGAAUUCAUCUCACUUUAACUUUAACUAAGUAGUAAUUUAUUCGUAUGAGAUGUCAUUUCACAUUCUCCAAUUCGGACUGGAUUAGAGUUUCCUCGCAUUUUGACUCAGUCCUCGGCUUCGCCUCGGACUUGAUGUCCUAAUUGUCGGGUUUGACUGAUAUUACAUCAAAUCCGACUAGCGCACGUCGUUCAAAUGUAAAGCUCUAUGUGACUAUGUCUCCUACAAUAUUUGACACGGUUAAAAGUCGAUACCUUUACAUUUUUCUCCAAGUGUUUCCACAAUGCAGGGAAGCCGUUUCAGAGACCUAAAAUUCGAUUCUUUUCGGGGGACCUUGCAUCACCUGGACCCUCGUAGAAUUGUGAUUCACAAAUUAUCAAGUUGCCCUACUGUCCGGCGGCACCACUGUCUACAUUUGAAAUACCUCAUACCAAACGUGCGGUAGAUCCCACAAGGGAGUAUAUGUACCCUCAUCUGAACAUUCUUAACUCUACUCGGUCACAUCGAUCAAAAUAAACUAUCUUACUUAAAAUUGCAGCAUGCAUUCAAACGGGCCUUAUAUAGUACUUAUUCUAGCUAUUUUUAGGCGAGUUUAGCCCCGGCCCUGUUCAAAAUGUUACGGAGGGCCAAUUAAGCCCUACCUCCCACGGCCCCUACGUUUCUAUGCCAGUCAUGCUCAUCUUUAAUAAAGAUGCCUAGUGGAAUUUGUUGAGUCGUUGCACUUAUUUAAUUAUGCUCUGGAUAUCCAUUGAGCACUCUGCCAAAUGUUUUUGUAAACAACGAAACCUAAUUCUAUAUAUAGAGUGUUGAAGAUUUCGCUGAAAACCCCAGGAUUUAUCAAUAGUCAUAGUCAUAGAUGAUUGAACAGAUCAUUAAUUCUGAGAAAUUGAUUUUUCCAUUGUCUUCAAUACUUCAUUUCAAUUUCUCCAACUAUAUUUUCUCCCCCUGAUAAGGUAUUCAGGGACAUAGCAAAGACCUUGUUAUGGGGGGGGGGGGCGUGUAAGGGUUAAAGUUUUUUUAAUAAGUCGGCGUUUUGCUAUGAUUUAGUGUGGUUUUAUCAUCGAAGUACGUUCAAUGCAGUACGGGAGUAAACCUGCUUGAAAAUUUAGACACUAAGAAAGCCCGCAAAUGCAUCUAAAAUUUAAAUUAAAUUAUUUUCGGUUUUAGUAACAUUGAACAGGGAUUUCCCAAUCCCAGACUUUUAACUGAACGUUAAGUUCAGGAUUUUCAUUUUGGAGUGACAUAUUAGUAUGUUAUAGAUGGAUAUAUUAAUAAGUCACUCCAAUUAUGUGUAUAAUGGGAAUUAUAAUUAUCGCAAAUUAUUUGAAGCAUCAUGAUAUCGAAAUACAUUUAUCAGCCAUUGAAUAAGCCACUUAUGAAUUUGAAAACAUGUCAUGUUUAAUAGUGACAGUGGGCCAUUGCUGUGUACAUGACGUAAAUAUGUAGUAAUAUAAAUAUACGAGCAAUAAAAGUAAAUAAAAUCGCAAAAUAUAUAUGAAUCGACUGUUAUACUGAGAAGAAACUUAGGCUUAUCUCAUUGUCAUUGAUGGGCCUGCAAAUUCAUUUGAAUAUGUAUGCAUCGGCGAAUCGGCUGAUUAAACAAAUUUACAAACAUAUUAUAGACAUAAGGUAUAAUCGUUUAAGACUCUGCAUUAGAGUUCAUUGGCUUAAAACAUCAUUUCAAUCUAAACAAAACCGUGCAUAUCUGCCCCAUAAUCAUGAAUAUAGCAAAUAUUUUAAUGCUCAAAAGAACCCAUAACAAUUCUGUUGAAAGAGCCCCUCUUUUAUGAACAUUUGGUACAAGAUAUCUGUGCACAUAACCGGAUUUCGCAUCCUUUGAAAAAUUGAAAAUGACAAAAAUGAUGGAUGAGUUUUUCGCUCCAAACAUAUUAUGUUCGUGAUAAAUCGAUACAUUAGAAACACGAAUGUACCAGAUUUCUAUACAAACCACGAAAAUUUUCAUCCAGUAAUAUACUGAAGGACCUUUGAUGUUAUAUACUCGACUGUAAAAUAUGUCUGUAUGGCGUAAAGCAACGUUAAAUACGCUAUUUGUGUAGUUGGAGAAACGAACCAGACGUAGGGCCUGCGCCCUGGCUAUGUAGCCAUAAUGUCUGGCACUUCGUUAACAGUCCCAGUAUAUUUCGUCACGACGCCAACAAAUGCAAAAUGAGCGAGCGCAAAGCAUAGUCUGUGACUAAUACAGUAGAUCAACAAACAUCGCAUAUUUAGUUGUCAAUUUGACGAGUCUUCAUUGCUUGGGCUCCUUUAGGCUGCUUGAAUAAUGCGUAGGCUAAAUAAACUGGAAUGUUGUUUGAAUAUCCCAUUUCAUUAGUCAUUUAGGGCGCCGGCUAUCAGUCUAGCGCCGAUGACGCCCGCUGAUUGGCUGACGACGCGCACGUGACCCGAAAAACCCAUAAAUCACCAUCGAUCAACGUUAGUUUUGGUAUGCAAACUCAUUUUUCAUUCUCGACGUCUACCUGGCAGAUCCCAUCAUCGUAGGCUGUUAAAACGUCAGAAAACCAUUGAUCGCAGUUGGAUCGACCUUGAGACGAACAUCAUUUAUCUUCUUCAGUCAUUUAUCAAAUACCUGACGCUGACAUGCAAGAAGAGAACUCCCUCGGUUCAUUGAUAUUUGCUAAUCAAAACCCGACUUCUACGCAAUCAGGCACAGUUCUGUCGCAGAGCAGGCUCGAAUUAGAGCUUUGUCGUAAUUCGCAAGCACAACAUGAGACAAGGGAGGAUGGCAAUAAUCAAACGAAACAGGCUAAAGCUGCUUCAAAGAAGACAACAGCAAAUAGAAAGAUAUUUCCAUGGAUGAAGGAAUCGCGAAGUAAGCCGAAACAAACAGGUUAGUUGGUUUUAAACUGUUUCCAUUGCAUCUGACGGCCAUAAGCGCAUUUUUGCCCUUUACCUUUGGCCAUUGCAAAGAACCCCAAAGCCUAUUAUCAGCAUAGUCUUCUUAAUCCUAACAUUUUUGUACACGAAAUAAACUUAUGAACCGCUCUAGCUUGCUAUUUGUGACAACGUUUCGAAAAACUGCAACAAAUUUGAAUCGUUUUCUCAUGAUUUUCCUACCGCACAGUAAUGUUUGGGUUUAGUGACAAAUAUGUUUACAAGUUUGAGGUCUUAUAUUAUGUCGCGUCUGUUGUGUUACUUGUGUAUGUUUGGAAAUAGAUUACUUGAAAAGAGAGUGUAAGACGGUCACACUUCUGCGAGCUUUUUCGCGUCCUUGUCUGUCGCGAAAACGUUUGGUGGCGCCAACAUUUCCCGAUCACUUUGCGAACAAAAGUGGAGGUGUCAAAAUCCGCUUUUCUCCUAAUACUUUCACGGAUUAGUGUAUUCUGAUUGCCUUGUAUUUAACUUGCUAGCCACGUUGUACUCUAAGUUUUUAAUUGUUUGUUUUCGACUUAAAUAUCGUAUGAGAACCGCAUUACAUUAUACAAUCGGUGCUUUUGUGCCGUAAAAUCAAACUGAAAUUUAUUGAAUAAUAACGGCCAUGUUAUUUCACACUACAAAGGGUUUUGAGGUGCCGAAGACCAAACAGUGUUAUCCUAAUCGUCUUCUCGUAACAUUGAAACUAAAUAGUUUCCUGUCAGUUCUGAAAACAAAUCAGAAACUGUUUCGACUUCUUAACCCGAGAUCAAGCAAAGGUAGUUUAUUGAUUUCCGCGACAUAAAAGAACAAAGCGUUUAUAAGCUCAUCGCAGUAGGGUAUAGUUGCGCAUAACUGCGCAUAACUGCGCAUAUUUUCAUUGGUUUGUUUUUAUUUUAAAGAUAUGACACCAUUACUAAAAGUUCGUUAUUUUCAUGUUCGAGAACUCACAAAAGUGUUUACGCGAGGAGAAAAUUUACGGUUUAUGUUUUUGUAGUUUUCGUACAUUGUUUAGUCAUAAUUAGCUAGAAAACCAAACGGCAAAUAGUAUACUGAAUUUUAUCCUUACGUAUAUUUUCAAAACAGCAACGAAAAAUACUGGCGAGCUAAGAGCUAAACAAAAACAACAUAUACAUUGUGUCUUGUUUAAGCAGGGCUAAAAAUGACCUCAAUGUAUGAGACGAGCAAGAUCGCAUAGGUCAGAGAAUACCACAAACAACAUAUUCUGUUUUAUCGAGUAUAUAGCUACACUUUUGACUCGUUUUUAUCUUGAUUACCUCACAACUGAAUUGCUUUCUGCCUAAAUGCUCACUGAAGCAUGAGAAUGUGUUAACGGCAGUUAAAAAAUGUACAUUGAAGGUCAUUUUCAUAUCGCGUUCACACUUUGAAGGGUAAUCAGGCGCCGAAGAACGAAUUUUGUGCGCGCACAUGCUGGACUUAAUCCAUCACUUAUACCGUUGUAUAUUGUGCACUCAAGUUUUCCUUUGAAUACAGCUAGGGCGCAUGGCAGCGAGCACUUAAAAUAAUACAGCACUUAUACAGGGCUAAAAGAUUGACGGGUGCGACUGAAUAUCAGGAAAUCAGAACAGUAUUGCUAUUGUUUAUUUUGCGCACAGAAUGCAAAAGUGCUCGCGCCUUUGCGUCGCCUCGUGCGCUGUUUUGAUUAUUCCAAGUUCAUUUGGACUUUGUAUUUGCAAUAGUACCUGAAUAGCAGGGUCAAAAAAACUGGACACUGUUUGAUUUCAUGUAACGUAAAAGCUAUAAAAGCUAUCGCAAUGAAAUAAAGAUCAUUGCAAACUAACUUCGAUUUUGAUAUAUAGCACUUGAACUUACAUGCAAUAUUGACUGAGUUAUUGAUGUUUGAACGUUGAACUACAGUUUUUGAAAAUGCCAAAAAUUAGCAUAAACAACCUUAUAUGUGGCCUAUAGUUAUAUAUGUUGAAUAAUAGAUAUUUUUUAUUUUGGUUGUAUCUCGCUCAAUAUUGCAUGUAUAAAUUCAAGUGUCAUUUAUCAAAAUCUAAGUUAGUCCUUUCUGAUCAUGAAUGCAAUGAUCUUUAUUUCAUUGCGAUAGCUUUUAUGGCUUUUACGUUACAUGAAAUCAAACAGUGUCCAGCUUUUUGCGGGACACCCGCGGUAGAUAUAAUUUACUGAGAUUUUAGAGUUAAAACAUAACACAAAGACACGGGUAUAUUAAGAUAUUGAUUAUUAAAAUAUUGAUUACUGAGGUAAAUAUACAAUGUGCAUUUUAAUGAGAAAAAAAAAACGGGACACAAUAAUACUUUUUAUUCAGUAAAUGUUGCAAAUAGACAUCCUUUGCAAAAGAUUCACUAUAUAACCUUUCUGACCAAGACUUUUUGCUCGUUAGAGGUUUAUAUGCAUGCUUGGCCUUUAGGCUCGCGAGAAUUUAUCAUGCACAGGAGCUCAUUCUUUAAAGGAUAUAGCUAAAAUAGUGAUAGAAGCAGUUGCGCAGUAAAUAAAUAUUAUAUAAACAGAUCUGAUUUUAUGACCUUUUUCAGAAGUUAAUUGAACAUGCAUGCAGUAUCCAUUCCAAUAUAUGAAUGGUUAACCGCCACCAUUCAGUAAAUGUUUAUUUUGAUAUUCUUUACAAAUAUUUAAGCGAGUUCAAGGCUUCCACAAAAAGAUACAUAUAAAUUAAUAUUACUACGCUUGGAUACAUUAUGAAAGUCACCUGUAUAAACAAGGCUUUUCAGGGUUAAGGUUUAUAGACCAAAAUGGCUUCAAAUGCAGCUAUAAAACCAUGCACGUAUACGUAGCCUAAUACUCGCGAAUUGCCGCGGGGUAAAUGCACAUAAAAACAGCAUUAUAUUUGCAUGAACUGCAACUUCUAUAAUAUGUCUUUAUAUGGAUUAGAGUUUCAUGUCAUUAUUCCAGCAAGUGAACCAGAUGAAAGUGAGUGCAUGGUAUAGUCUAAAUUUAAACCUCAAAUACUUCCAAGACAAAGUUAGAAUUAAGAACUAUUUGAGUCAAUGCUUAACGGCGCAACUUUGAUCACAUGAGCAACUUUAAUUUAUAAUGUAGACCAGUAUAUAUAUAAUAAUAUUUAAUGAACAUAAAUACCAGUUCUGGUACAUAUAUAUAGAUAUAUACUUAAAAAUCAUAAGAAUACAUUAAUAACUACGGACAAACUAUCAGUGAUACUACUUUCAAUGAUCAUGAGUUUCAAAAAUUGUCAGAACAUCGUAACUAUAGUCUGUAUAGAGUAAUAUAAUUGCUUUGUUUGUCGUGCAUAGCCAUUAAUCAUUAUAUAAGUGAAAAUAUCUUGAUGAUUUAAUAAAUGAGCAGAACUUACAGAAGUAAGAAUUUGUUAUACAAAGAUUAUUUAUGAAUUUAACUCUUAAUAGAUUGGUGAUCUUUGUAUUGCUGCUGCCAGGACACUAAAAAAAUGACGUUCCUCUCUUAUCCCAUUAUUUAGAUCAAGCCAAUGUUUAUACUCUGUCACUAUAUGAAACAUUGUUGUAUCGACCAGUUUAAUCGGUAUAAUAUAUGAGUUGAUAUUCUUAACUUUGUAUUUUUGUGGAAUGAGUAUUAUUUUAGUUAUUCUAAGAUAAAAUAUAAUAUCUCUUUAUACCAAAACACGCUAAAAAGCUUCAUCUUGAUCAACAUUUUCACUAACAAUGUUACCGGAUAUGACCCCACCAGAUUGAUUUCAGAAACAAAAACUAUAAUUUACAAUCAUGAUAUCUGGCAACAUUGACAGUGUUCAUGUGAAUUUGAUAUUUGCAUGAUAAUUUCACUGCUUUAUUUUGGCAUGUGUGUUUUUCUUUACGUAUAUCUUCUUUUCCCUUUUUCUUUAAUUUGUUUAUUUCAGAACUGUAUGAAUAAUUUAUUAUUACUCUGUGGUUAUAUUUGUUCAGUUUCUGCCCGGAAAGGCAGAUUCCUGCAUGGCAACAGGUUCAGCGAAAGAGGAAACCCCCUGAUCCAGGCUCGGUUUUAGGUCACUGCAUUGUUCUUUUCUGUGCAUUCAAAGGCGUUGAAAGAUCGAUAAGUGGGGGGGGGACCAUAUUCAUAUAUUCGUGUUCUGCAUUAUUAAUUUCUUUUGAAAUAGAUUGUUUUUAAGGUCUGUGAACACGAAUAUAUGAAUAUGAUCCCCCCCCCCACUUAUCGAUCUUUCGACGCCUAUGCAUUCAGGUCUUCUAGUGUGAUCUAUCAUCAAAAAUAAUCCACCAUUUUGGGUUGCAAAAAUCUUUUAUCCAACCGACCACUGAACAGCUGUGGACCAUUAUAACUCUUCAAAGUGCCCAAACAAAAGCAACAGCCGCAGCCAGUGCCACAGUUUGCUAUUACCCCAUUUUUGCUUUUAAUUAAUAAUUUUUAAUUUGCCACCCACAAUGGCGGAAGUCAACAAUCGCGUGUUAUGGCGUCACUUGCGAGAGCCCAAUAUAGCAAAAUUUGUACAUAUUCUACCAUUGUCCAUUUAGGUGAAACCCCUGAAACACAAGAAUCUGAGAAACAUGAGCCGACCGCUGACCCAUCACCUCGCACCAUCUAUACAACCAGUCAACUGGUCGAACUUGAAAAAGAAUUCCACUACAAUCGCUAUUUAUGUCGACCAAGGCGAAUCGAGAUUGCGCAGUCACUACACUUGUCGGAAAAACAGGUAAAAGUGUGGUUCCAAAAUCGUCGUAUGAAGUGGAAAAAGACAAAUAGGGAUAGCAGAGAUAAUGAAGUACUAUUGAGCAAACGACGUCAUGGUAUGGUACAGGUGAACCCUUCAGCGUUCGAGGAAAUGGCAAAGAUUAGUCACUUAGCAAACUGUUACAGUUAUCCAAACUCUAUGAACUAUAGUAAUCCCUUGGUAAACUAUAACUAUAAUAACAAUACAAUCAAUACACAGUUAGUGCUGUGACAUAAAAUCAUGUCUAGUAAUCGCUUUUCCAAUGGUUUAAGUUGUUACUAGAUAGCAACUUACAUGCCUUAUUAAUUGAGUGAGUCUUUUUACAAGAGACUGAAAUUCAUGGACGAACACUUAUAAACGAUACAUUUAUUGACUAUUGUGAAUAUGAACUUAUGUUAUUUAAUAGUAUGCUGUUGCAUGUAAAGAAAAUUCAUUUCAAACAUUUUAAUUGGUUUGUGUUGUGACAAUUAGUCUAGAUGGGGACCUCGAAUAAGAGGAUUGCAUUCCUUAGCAUCCCCAGAAACCCCUAGUAAACCAUGGGUCGUUAACUCUGAAAUGCUACUUUAAUUACUGUACGUACAGUAUUACGUUUUCUUUCUUGCAAUUUUUCUUUAUUUAAAAGUCGAAAAGGUACGCAAUAAAUGUUUUAAUUAAAGUCACAAUGUCACCUACAGAGCAAUGUGAUCACGAAAUGACAUGUUAUCACGAAAAUAAAACAAUAAUACAAUAUGAUCGUAUUUAUCUUGUUGAGGGACAAAAUUCAAGUUAGUUUAAUAAUUAAGUUUAUCCAAAUUGAACAUUCAGUGAAAAUUAGGCCCAGCUUUUUCAAGUUUCCCGCCGACUAAAUCACAUCGCUCAGCAGGUGACACUGUGUCAUUUACUUUCUCUCAGGCAAAAUCGGAUUCAACCAGUGGUGAAGCUAGCCACAGCAACAGGUCAUGCUAUGCAACUAUUCAAUAAUUUGCAUUAUUCAAACGUUUAGAAAUAGGUCUUUUAAGCCUAGUUCUCAUUCAUCGCAAACUGUCACCGACGAUCGGCGACGCUUAUCGCCGAUACUCGCCGAGCGCGAAUGCACGAAAGUUCUCAUACAUCGGUGAUCGUCGCAGAUGACAGCCGAUGUGUUUCGAAAUUUCCCACCAAGGCACAAAAUGGCCCCGUUCAACAUAAAGUUCUUGAUUUCUGUCAAACUUCAGUUGAUUAUUUCCUUGCUUGUUGAGGAAAAAACAACUUUUACUCAUUUCUCAUAGGUUUUUCAAGCAGGUGGCAGUCGGCGAUGGUCGCAAGAAACAAACUUUUUUGUUUCCUGCGAUAUACCCAGAAUUCUAUAAGACUCGGGAUGGUAACGCCUGUUCCGGAUGGUAACGACCGUUUACGAAAGGGAAAAUUGCGUCGGGGACGAUUACGGACAAUCGGCGAUAUAAUUUUUUAUGCGUUCUCAUAAAUCGCAAGCCGUCGCCGACGUCGCAAAGCUCCCGUCGCCGACGGUUUACGAUGAAUGAGAACUAGGCUUAACCAUUUAAAUGCAGGUUUAUUAGCAUAGUAUGGCCAGUUGCUAUGGCUAGCUUCGCCACUGGAUUCAACCAGUGCAUGCAUACUGAAACGUUUAUGAUUUUGGUGGUAGUUUUACAUAAUUCAUGUGUUAUUGAGUUAACUACCAUUAAUCUAAAACUACGAAUUUAAACCGGUGAAAAACAAAGAUUGUCUGAUGGAACAAUAUAAUGUAUAGCCAUAGUCUCUCAAGAUAUGAUGAUUUGGAACAUAGGCGUCGAAAAAUUGAUAAGUGGGGGGGGGGGGGCAUAUUCAUAUAUUCGUGUUCACGGACCUUAAAAACAAUCGAUUUCAAAAGAAAUUAAUAAUGUAGAACACGAAUAUAUGAAUAUGGUCCCCCCCCCCACUUAUCGAUCUUUCGACGCCUAUGAUUUGGAAGCCCGGAAAACUUCAAAGCUACAAUAGGGCCAUUUAUACGGAACAAAAUAAGACGCGACUUACAUAAGACGCGACUUAGGUAAGACGCGAGUUUAUUAUUAUUAUUAUUAUUAUUAUUAUAACAUCUUUAUACACGGUAACUAAUCAACCAUAUUACCUAUCAGUAUUUACAAAAAUUAUAAAGGUUGUUUUUCAUUAGGCCGUGUUAUUAAAUACAGAACUCGAAAUACUAUUAUAUAAACUAUUAUAAAAAUAUUAAAAGAUACUAAGAAAUGUUUGGGUCGAAUGAUACGUUAAAUAUAUAUAUUACAAAUGAAUUAAGUAGAUAUAAAAUUUUUACUAUUAUAGUUCCAGUAUUUAGCAGCAGCAUAUCCGAAUGUCCUUUUCAUUGAAUUUGUUUUAGGCUUCGACAACAUCAGCAUCUUGUUAUUACUUCUUAAAUUAUAUUUAUCAGAAUUUGAGAUUUUAAACAUAGUUGAAACGUUUUCAGGACAUUGGUUUGAAAGGGCUUUGGCCACAUAUGCUAAUUUUUGCUCCUUUCUUCUCUCUUCGAGUGUUCUCGUCGUAUAAAAG